GAUAUCCUGCUGGAGCCUGCCAAUAACAGCUCGAGUUUGGAGGCUGCUCGUACUACAGAGCCACACUGAGGUCUGUGCUGGGAAAGCAGGCGGACUGAGUGAAGUGUUCGCUUUCUGCCCGGGGAGAAAUCACAGAUACACACGGGGAGGUAGACGUCAGGAGCGGAUAACGGCGUCGACUAGAGGGGACUCUUUUGUUAAAUCCUCCAGGUGGCAUUAGAUUUUGCGCACUCUUGCUGCUGAGAGAGCUUGGAUUGGAGUCUCCUUUCCUUCUUGCAAAAACCCCAGAGAAAGCAACGCGCGCACCUGGACAGAGAAGCGGUUUAUUGAGUGUUUUGUUGGUCAUUUCUGCUGGAUUAUCACUCCACAUAAACGCACAAGUGGCAAACCGACGGCGAAGUCAGAAGUAAAGGAUUACAAUCGUAAUUUAAGCCCGCAGUGGCUGUUUGCGCGUCUUCCCCUGUGAGCCGGUAUCAAAGUGCUGAUAAAUCAUCUGUACCUGGACUUUGGAGCUCCUUUUUCUUCCUCUUCUCUGAGCUGCACUUGACAGGAGGAGCAGCGCUGUUGAAAUCCGCGGAGACCUCAUUUAAGCAGCUGAAGAGGAAACAGAGAAUCCGGCGAAAAUGCCUCUUGCACAGAUUGCGGAGCCAUGGCCCACGAUGGAACUAGUGCAGCUCGAGACCGAGGUAAUGAGAGGUGACGUCUCUGUGCACGCGCUGUUUGACCGGUUUGAAAUUCAGAUGGUUCAGGUGAAAUUAAAAAUGGCGAGCGACGUGAGAAUGAAGGUGUUCACGAGUCACCAGUUUGCAGACAAAGUCAAAGUGAAGUUGAAAUGAUAGAGCUGGGUUGACUUUGAAGCUUUACUUUGAAACAAACAGACUAAAACGAGGGUGAAUUGGUUUAAUUGAUAAUUCAUCAUAUUAAUCCUGGAUUAAUUAAGUGUCAGAGUGGGAUUUAAUGUAUUAUUUUAGGUGCAGUUUCCCCAGUUUGCCUGGUUACUGUAAUAAUGACAGACAAGCCAGUACAAAAAGUGUCUUUUAAGAGCUUGGGUCAAGAAAACUUCUCUCCUUUCUCUUCCUGGAGCUGGUGUGGGAGCUGACGACUGAUAUCGUUUUUUCUAGGACCGAUAUAGAUCAUUCAGGAGGCAUAUUAUCGAUAUUGAGAACCUAUAUCCAUUCACAGUAGAAGGUGCUGAAACCAGUCGUUCAUAAAAGAAAAAGGAAGGAGAUAAACAGCCUUCAUUAUCAGCUACAAAUUUUUAUAGAUGUAUUCGUAGCAAUAAAAGUUGAGUUUUUCUCUCUGCACAACUUUUACAGCUCAUGUGUGCAUUGACCAUUUUUACAGACCUUUGAUUUCUUACAUCAGAGCGGGAUUAGAUACAUUAUUUUAGGCCUUGCAGUUUCUUAGGAGGUGCAGUUUCCCUAGUUUUUCUGGUUACUGUAAUAAUGACAGUCAAGCCAGUACAAAAAGUGUUUUUUAAGAGCUUGGGUCAAGAAAACUUCUCUCCUCUCUCUUCCUGGAGCUGGUGUGGGAGUUGAUGGCUGAUACUGUUUUUUCCAGAACCGAUAUAGAUCAUUCAGGAGGCAAUAUACAUACUGAUAUCCAUUCACAGUAGAAGGUGUCAAAACCUGUCGUUCAUAAAAGAAAAAGAAAAGAGAUAAACAGCCUUCAUUAUCUGCUACAAAUUUUUAUAGAUGCAUGUGAAGCAAUUAAAGUUGAGUUUUUCUCUCUAGCAACUGCACAACUUUUACAGCUCAUGUAUGUAUUGACCACUUUUAUAGACCCUAGAUUUCUUACAUCGAUAAAGUAGUGGUGGUUUUCGGCUGAACUUUAAGCACGAUAGAGUGAGGAGUGAAAACAGAACCAAAGGGAAAGACACAACUUUUUAAUCGUUUAAAUUUACCUGAGAUCCCUAAUAUCAAACAACCACAGGCCUGUGCAUGGUCAGUAAAAUGUCAAAUAUAGGCCUUUAAUUGCUCGGCCAGCCUGAUAAUUGGCCAAGCUGAUAAUCAGUCGACCCCUGCUCUUGUGUGAGUUCGUUUCAAAGCUCAUAGCUGGGGGGAGAAGAGCUAAGAGAAGAGAAGAGCUGUGCGACCUAAAGGAAAUGUACAGAUUCAUCAUUGCUGCCUCACUGCUCCUACCUUUGAAGUGGUUUCCAGUGCCUGCUUCUGUGAGUGGCACAUUAAAAAGUCAAUAAUGUCUAACCUUAAGUUUGACUUCAGGAAAACACAUUGCAAAAGUAUAUUCCCCCUUCAAUGAUCUACAAAAGCUUUAAUGCACACCCAAUUUCAAGCUGCGGAUUACACUCUGAGUGUCGACUUGAAUAAAAUUAGCAUAUUUUACACUUUUCAUCAGUUAAAGCUCCUAGGAAGAGUUUUUUGAUGUUUACAAAAUAGACUCAAAUUCAUUAUGAAGCUUUUUCAUGAUGUCCAAAAACAAACAAGACCAUUAGCUACAAGGCUGAUGAUUUUGUUUUGGAAUAUUUAAUACCUGAAAGUGGUGCAAUGGGGUAGGUGUCAGCUAAUCAGUCGAAUAAGCAGUCCUGAUUUCACAAUUUGCAUGUAAAAUACUGAUAGGGGAUGGCGAUUGUCAAAAAUCAGCAGGAUGAGGUUUGAGGACAAAAUUAACAAAGAAAAUCGAGACAAACCAAAAGUUUCUUAAAGGAGCUUUGACCUCAAAUGUGUAGAGUUAAGAGUGGGAAAGUGAGACAGAUUUGAGACCUUAAGAGUGUGUAUACCCCUCUUCUUCUUCUUCAUAAUUAUUCAUGACCCUUCAGCUGUCUCUCAAACAGACUGGAUGACUGGUGGCUAAACAGCCUUCAUAUCAGUUAAGAUGAGCGCACAUGGCCAGCAUGAGAGCAACCUGUUCCGUGUUAUGAAUUGCCUCAUUUUUUAAUUAAACUUGCACCUACAAAUGAGCCAAGUGAGGUGUUAUUGCGUUUGCAACCUCUCUAAUAAAAAGCUCCAUGCACAAUAUUACAUUGUGCUCAAUCAAUCUUACAAGAGAUCAGUCUGACUGGAGAAAAAGACUAGUUAUGUCUGUUCCUGCCUGGUGGUGAACUUCUUUCAUUUGAUGAGAGUUCAAAUGUAAUAAAAAUGGAAAAAAGGGCAGAGGAAUUGAGUGAAAAAUGAUCGCUUUUACUCUCUGAUUCUGAAGUACUAUAUUGGAUUAAAGGCUGAAUCCAGAAGCAGCAAAGGCUUAUUUAAUUUAGCCGUGUAAUUAAUUCCAAGAGUACGAGCACAUGCGAGGAAGUAGACAUUAUUGAUUAUGCAGUUGUUGCAUUAAUUGUAGAGCAGACAGAUGUUUUCACAAGUGCUUUAUGAUGAAUGAAAAACCUGUAGAGGAAGCACUUAGCCAUUUAGAAACGGUGUCAUCCUGACUUAGUUUCUCCUGCAGACUCCACUGUUUACAGUAUCCUGCAGCAUAUGAGUUGGCUGGGUAGCAUAUCACAACUGAACAGAUGGUAGUGCGGAGCCUGUGAAGAGCGCAAAGUUUCAGACUGCAAAAAUACACAGCCUUUGAAUUCGCAAAUUGGUGAGAUAAUGGCAAAAAGAAAAACAGUAUUCAUUUGUAAAUAUCAUGCGGCUUUUAUCGAAAAAUAUAAAGCAUUAUUUUGGGUGUCACAUGGAAGCAUCUGGGGCUGGAAUCCAGUUUGUGAAAUCAUUUUGUUCGCACCAGAAACUGCAAUAUGUGUAAUGCAUCAUUGUCGCAAACCUUCGAGCCAUCUGUACACUUAGCAAAAGGGAGAGAGAGAGUUACCUCAGGGCUGAGACUGAGCAAUAAGUGUGAGUGUGACCCGAGGCGAUGCCAGUUUAACAUGUUUGGAGAGUCAAACGGGAAGCACAUCUUUCGGAGCGGUCGCACACGUGCAGAUGGGACAGACGGAAAACACUUCAGGACAAAUUUGGGGAAUAAAAACCAGAUGAAAACUCAAAAUCACCCCCCUCAAAAGAACACCACUCUCAUCAGCACAGACGACGUGCUAUGAUACGACAGCUGGUGACAAGUCUGCUUCCACAUUGCACAUUACAUGAGCGCCUGUGUUUGGAAGCAGACAAGGUGUCAUGAAUGGAAAUCAGAUCAACAGCCUUUUGUGCUGCAGAUUUGUGGCAAAGCAGGCUGGAAACGUGUAAAAAGAGCUAUUCACAAACGUUUGUUUGAUUGAACUCUUUUAUUCAUCCCCAAACCACGUCUGUUAUGAAUUGACUUGUCAGUGAAUCAUCUCUGAUGAAGCCUCUUCAGUAAAUCAUGCAGAUCCCGUCCCAGUUGAGUCAGUACCACCUGCAUCGACCAAUGCUAUCAUUGUUCUCUUUAAACUUGAGAAACGUUCGCUGGAUUUAACAAGGUUUAGAAGAUGCUUGAGGUAUUUAGUAGUUAGUUUGGUGCUUUUUUUGUAUUCAUAGAGCUGAUUAUUCCACCUCAUCUCUCUGCAUCUUUAAUAUGAGGAUUUUAUGCCUCAAUGCUGGCAAAAGCUUUGGCCAGAGGCGCUCUUUUUCCAGCUUGUCUGUCUAUUUUUCCAACUGUCCCAGUGUCCUAGUGCAACCCAACUCAAUUGUUUCAUAUUGCACUGUGAAAAUAUUGCAGAACAGGAUGAGUGCAGUGCACAGUCAGUCUUUCACACCCUUGUAUUAUAUUUUAAGUAUUUAUUUCUACUACAUGAACUCUGUUUUAACCCAGCGUUGCUUUCUAGUGCCUCAAAGAGAAAUCGGGGGUGAAAUCGUAGCAAUGUGUCACUCGCAAACAGUCAGAACCAGCCCAGGGCUCAACACAAACUUUCCCAUUGGUUGCCAGGUUUCCAAACUGGAACUCUAGUAGCAGUUUUUAUGGGAAUAAAUCAGAGCUGGAACAGGAACCAAACCAGAAUCUGUAGGUUUUUGUAACCACUGAACAUGCUGAGCCUUAAUAGAAGGACUUAAGAAGCCUACAUACAGAAGCGAGUUUCUUCACUUAUUAUGCAAUACAGCAUGUAAAGGAGAAAGUAGGGUUAACAGAGGGAAUGCAUGCCAUGUUUGCUUGCCAGGCGUGGUCAGCAGUGCUCGCUCAGAGUACUUGAAGUUCAGUGUGUUCCUGUGCACGCACGCACGCACGCAGGCACGCAGGCUUAGCUCCAGCUUAUCUGGGCGUGACCUGGAGAACACCUGAGCAGGGCUGGGCGGACAUGUGAUAACACAACACUUUGCUUGAUAAGUGCUCUUACAAAGUGGCACCCCUUGUGACUUUAAGUCUAAAAAUUGUAAAUAAGUAAGUCUUAAAGUUGUAAAUACAGCAUUAUUUGUAGGGGGAUGUGGUGUUGAAGAAGUAAAAACUCCUUUGACACACUGGGGCUGCAGGGGUUAAGAACAAACCUUGUAACACCCUUUUGAUAAGAAAGCUGGAAAUGGCUUUUAUCCAUUUUCUGGGCAUUGACCAAAAAGAGGACAUUUGUAAUGUGACCUUCUGUCAAUACUCGGUGCAAAGUGAGGUUACGAGAAAUUUUGUCAGAUAGGAUUACGGGCACAGACAUGAGUGUAGCCAUUGUAUUUCUUAGUUGCCUAGUUACAGGGCAGUGCUGCUCCAAUCUGGCUGUUAAAACACAGAUUGUCUGUUAGACACACACCACUACAGUGCUCUUAACAUUGUUUACUUUUCCAGAAUAUGAAGCAGAAAUUAAAAGUUGUCCUUCGUUGCUCUGGCUGUAAAUCUUUUGCAGCAUUCCUGCGGUCUGCACAUUCCAUCUUGUGUGUGCAUUAUUUAGGCACACCUCGCAACAGCGUUUUUGAAUUCAAUCGAAUCACGUCUCUUUUAACUCUGAGCAUACUCAUGUGGUUGUUAUAGUCUGUGUGCAUGUCUGCGCUCUCAUUGAGGAAGCCCAGAGGAAGGGAAGCACCAUUAACUGGGCCACUUGGAUCAACCAUGCAAAGCUAAUGAGGGCAAAAUGUGUUGCGAGAGGCAACGUCGCGAAGGCAUCGCUGACCAACAACACACGCACACUCCUGACGGUUGAACUUACACACAUACGGUCAGAGUCACGCUGCUUAUCUUAAACAUACUGGGUUAGACAAAGACAGCCAACCAUGCCUCUUAGAAGGAAGAUGCAAGGAAAGGACAUUUCAGGGUGCCUCAUUUAUUGCUGGAUUUUGUAUCAGAUAAAUGCUGAUUGAUAAUAAACUGAAAAAUGACAGGUGGUAUAAAUCUGUUCAGCCGCUUAUUUGUAGUGAGACCUUGGACGAGUCCAUCAACUGCAGCGGGGUGACGCAGCUCAAGGAAGAACAUUUAUGAUCAUUUCCUCAUGAAAAUGCAAUCAGACCGAGACGCUAAAGCAGAAGAACUACCGCGUCUGCAGUGCAAAAUGAUUAAUAUGAUGAUUAUUACUUCAAGAAAAUGAUAAAGUAAUGAUCAUAAAUGUUCUUCCUUGAGCUGUGUCACCCCACAGCAGUCCAUAAUGGACUGGCCUGAGCUCUCCAUACAAACAAGCGGCUGCUGGAAGAGAGUAGGUGAGUUGUGUUUAGUUUCUCUGCUAAAGAAAUUAGACAAAGUUAAAAAGAUGUUUGGUGGCUAGUGCUGUGGCUGGGACCCUAUAUGUCCUGUUGAUGAAGUUAGGUGCUGUUCUGAGCAUUAUUUGUGGAUAUAGAGUGGCUUUUUGGUUGAGCGUGUGGCUCUCUGUAUUUCUAUCAUGCGGUUGUUACUUAAGUUGGUAUAACUAGAGAAGCAAGCAGUCGGCAACAUUCAUCUCUCGACAAGGUGCCUAACUCAGUGUUACGGUGUGUUCGACCCUAACUUAAUUUUACACCAGAAUAUCCCUUUUAAAUCUGAAGAUUUAUACCCAAAAAAGUAACAUUUAGCUAACGUUUGCGAAGUUAGAUAACGUAAGCAUUAAGACACCUCAGCAUCCAAAAAGUAAUUUCCAAAGUAUCUCAGAGUUGAAGAUAAUGGUUGGUAACUUAAAGGAAUAAAUGUGUUGCUCAGCAAGUAGCUGAACCUGGUUUGGUUAAGUUAGAAGUAUUUAAAGUUAAAUUAGAUUAACUUUUGCUUUUUGUAGGUGCCCAACAGACCCAGUUUAGCUCUUUGCUGUUGCGAAAGCAAGCAUAAGCCUGAAAAUAGGAAGUACAUCCAGUUCCAGAUGAAAUCCAGCCUCACUAUAGGAGUGAAUGUACGGUGCUGUGAAGGAUAAUGUAUAGGAUCCCCAGCGCGCCUUUAUUUUUCCUGCAUAGGCAGAGGCAGCGGCCUAACCUGUCUCUAUUCAUGCUCCUUUGACAUCUCGCUCUCACUGUAUCAUGGUAGAUUGCUGAUGCGACUGCUUGCCCCUGUGUUGCUGCCUGUGUUGUUUAGUGUGGUCUGAAGGAAGCGGAGGAAGAAGGAGGGCACGGAGGAAGUGAGUAGCCUCAGAGUUAUCCCUCAGUAAUGGAAAAACAAAGCAUGAAGCGGAAAUCGGGGAGCUGGUACUUGGCGUGUUGUGACACUUGUCCAGAAUACUUGACUCUCUAUGUAGGAGUUCCUCAAUCACUGAAAAAAAGAGGUGGUUAUAGAUUUAUUUUCACAUGGUAACUAAUGCUGGGUGAAAUAGCCUCAAAUCAGUAUCAGGAUUUGUCUCAUCUUAUCUGAGCAUUUGUAAAUACACGUUACUGACAGCUGCUUUACUUGAUGCUGAGAGCCUGUCAGUCUCUCACUCAGCUCAUUACAAUGUACUCGUCAAUCAGCCUGGAGUCCUUUUGGCUCUUGGGCCACUUCGUCAGGCAUGAGACAAAUUAAUAACAUGGGUAAACUUGAUUAAAAACUGAAGCCUGCCUUAUUAAAAACUGUACCACAAACUCCAGGGGUGACACUCUAAGAUUUAAACAAUACCUCAGACUACAAAUAAUAAAGUUAAUGUUGGCAUCAAUAAUUAGAUCAAAUGUCUUUUUAUGUCUGUAUGUGAAGUUGCCUUGAAAUGCAGGGAUUCAUUUGUCAGAUCUCUUAUAACACAAAUUGUAGAUGGACAGUAUCAUCAUAAGAAUCAGUGACAGAACAGAUCUCCUUUCACUUUGUAUGGAGAUAAUACAGAUCCAUAAACUUGGAUUUGAUUGAAUCUGUCCAGAUACAGGUCUGUACGCCUCUUUAAGUCCAGCCCAGGACUGCUGGCCUGGACCAAAACUGUUCAAACACAGAGCCAAACUCUUUAGUACACUUCCAGGGUCCAGAGCCGUAAGAUUUCUCUCUUUGCCUUUUGGUGUUUGUGUAGCCCCUGUGGACCUUACACAGGCAAUUAUUCCACAGAUAUCCCUCCUUCUCUUUUCUCCUUUUGUUGCGCUUUUGUGUGCCACAGAAUUAUACCCACAUCGUCUCCUUUGUCAUUUUCAAAGUAACCCACCCAAUUAUAUCCUAUGGUACAAAAUGUGGAGGUUGUGCGAACGGUCUCAGGUGAGCCUUUGUUUUCCAAAUAACAAUAAUUACCCCUUUCAACCUGACUUGCCAACAGGGGAACGGAUGAAGGAUGUGCGUUUGUGUCGCAGUCUAACAUUAUUAGGUUUGCCAGCAGAGGAGCAAAGUGCUAGAUACAAUGGACUGCAGCCACCCACACAGUCUUGCAAAUAUUCUUCCUCUCUUUCUCUUCUUUGUGUGACUCCCUUUUCGCUCUCUCUCUUUCUCUCUGCACACACACAGAAAAUAAUAUUUGCACUGUCACACUUUCUGACUGUUUCUCACAUCUGCUUUUUUUGACAGAAUGGGCAGAGCACUACUGAAGAUGGAGUCACGCCUGCUGUCAAGGUACAUCGCAUCUCUGAGACACACAAACUCAAAGACAACACACACACACGGAUGUGAGCCAAUAUUCAUGCAGCCUAACAUUUGAUAAAUUAAAGUGAAGACUUGGACACAACUCCUGAAUUCUUUGGCUUUUGUCGUUGCUUUUCUACGAGGGCCAAAUUCCAUCAAGAGACAAAUUCUGGUGUGAAUCUUCAUAACGAGCCAUUUCUAAAUUCUCUAAAAGAGGCAAGAGAGCCAUCAAACUUGAACAUAUCUGUGUGAAUGUGCAACUGUGGGUCAUUCUUAUAGCAAUUUAAUCAAGGGCUCUCUGAGUGCAUCUGCAGGCGAGAGCUGGAUGUGUUGAAUACAGCCUGAGUGAGCCACUGUGUGUACUGAUGUGUCUGGGUCAAUAUAAUGGGGUGGUAUUAUCACACAGACAGCAUGUCCUCAUGUGUCCUGUUCACAUCUACCAAAUUAUGCAGAAGCAAACACACACAAAGCUUGGACACACUCACAUAAACUGAAGAGCAUUGAGUCAGCCUUGUCCUGCUUUCUGGCCCGGCUCUACUCUUUGCUUCAUUGUCCGGCUCUGAAAUGCGAUCCUGUUUCCUCCUGCAGACUAUUACUCUCCGGCCGUGUUGAAGAGGAUGAGGAAAUGUUCCCUCUUGGUUAGGUUUUCUUUUUUCUUUUUUUCUACUGUCCUCGCUCUCAAGGGGGACACAGUCUGGAGAGCACGUCCUCUGUGCUUUCAGGUCAGAAUAAAGUGGUUUGGCUGAGGUGGAGCUGUGUGCUCGGGGUCGGCUGGGAAAGAGGGGUUUCAGUCAAAGGAGCAGGCACUCGGGGGCAGAGCUUGUCAGAGUCUUUAACUUCAGGUGGCAAGAGAACCUAGAUUUAGGGUGUACUUUGAAUUCUACUAUUAGUAAAGUAGGCUGUAUGAUUCAGGUUAUCUAUAUAUUGGUUAUUAACAUGAUAUGGGAACAUGCAGAAAGUAGUUUUAUCAUCACUUUAGUUGAUUUAUUAAAGCUACUGUGGGGAGAUAAGGAUAUGACACUUUCUAUGCAGUUUUUUUUAAUGUCUUAGGCCACUGCCAAGAGGUAGGUGUACAUCAUGUUAUUGCAUAUUGCAAAGGCAGACGUUUGUAUAUUUUCCCCGGCCAAAAUUUCAUUAAGCAAUCAAUAAAGCAGGGCAUACACUACAAGAUAACUGUGCUGAUUUUGGGCCUAAUUUUCCUUUUUCUACAGAAGUCAGCAAAGGCCUGAUGAGCAAAUGGUAUCUGACAGAUUAUCAUUACAAAUAUAUUUAUAAUGCGUUAUAAUCACAUUAUAGCACUGUAUAACUAUAGUUAUAAACACUCACAAAUGAUUAUAAUGCUUUAGAGCAAUAAUCAUCAUAACACAUUAUAAAGCUUUUCACCAUGACUUACAAGGUCAAGUAUUAUAAAGUGUUAUAACUGUUAACAACAGUUGCAUUGCGUUAUCUAUGUGGGCAUUGUCAGUGACUUGUGAACAGUUAUAAGUCAUUAUAAUACCUGACCUUGUAAGUCAUGGUAAAAUGCUUUAUAAUGUGUUAUGAUGAUUAUUGCUAUAAAGCAUAAUGAUCAUUUAUGAGUGUUUAUAACUAUAGUUAUACAGUGCUAUAACGUGACAUAACACAUUAUACAUAUAUUCAUAAUGCGUACAAGAGAUAGGCAUCAAAUAAAGUGCAUCCUGGAUUUUCAAUACAAACCAGCAAUCACCCACUCGACCUUUAACCUGGGUAAUUCAGUCCCCUAUUCUUGGCCAAAAUUCUGAUUCGGUAUGGUGAUUUAUCUACUGAUGCUAAAGAUUAGCGUGAUUUAAAACUAGCAUUUUAAAUGAACCCCAGUCGAAAUUGAGAAGGUUUCCAAAGAAAUGAAAUAGUGGCAAAUAAAAAUAAUAAAUUAAAAAAAAAAAAAAAAUUCUUGUAAAACUGGGGAAGUCAGCCCAUCAAAAUUAAGGUUUGAGAGGGGUCUCUGCAUCCAGGAUCUUAUUGUAUGAGAUAACAUGAAGUGAGGGAUUAAUGUGUCAGAAGAAAAGUGACUAAGCAGACUGUCAUGGCGUCCAACUUUUAGUCUGACAUGAAUGAGAUCAACGUCAGAACCGACCUGAAGUCAUUGUCUGAUGUGGCGUGAACGCUGCCUGUCAUUUCUUGGUUUGUUACAUCUUCCAGUACAGCCCAUUCACCUGUUUCCAGCUGAUCUCAGAAUCCUCUUCAGAAAUCAUACACAGACCCUGCAUUAUGGAUGAAACCGUCCCUGUAAAAUCUGUAAAUAAAGAUUAUUCAAACUCUGGGUGACAUUUUAGUAAUCACCUGAUCCACAUGACGGUGAGCUGAUACCAGUCCUGUAUGUUAGAUUGGCAAAUCCCUAAUCAUAUCACCACAACAUGCUGCUGCUAGAGGUCAAUUAUCUGAUUAUCACUCCGGCCUGGAUAAUUAUGUACAUUACAUGUCGUCCUAAUUGAUUGGGGAGUAUUUCAGUAAUCUGAUCAGUUAUGUAAUCGUGUUAAUUAGGAUGCUCUGCAAACGGGCAGCAGGAUUAUCUGCCUGUGAUUCUGUGGGAGAGAUGGAUCGGGUUUCUCAAAGAAGAUGCACCAGACAGCGUGAUAGAAUUUGACGUGAAUAUGAAGGAUUGAGUCAAAAGCCUUUAUGAGAAAUUAGUCGCUCUGACAGAUUAGAUCAUGGCUGUUGUGUAUGGGGGUAUAUCUCACUCUCAGAAUGCUCCGGCACCGUGCAGGCAGGACAGUCGAGACCAGUAUAGCUGCAGCGAUCGAUGCCAAGCUGCUGUUUAAAUGCUGGGAAUCUGAUAAUGGCUGCUGUUAUCUACUCCAGCCAUGGGAGCAACCUGGCUCCAGCAGACCUAAUGGGAGGAACAAAGAGGAGGAAGAGAGGGGGGGGGGGGAAGGGAAAGGUCUUAGAUGAAAGGAGAAGGAGAAAGUGGCUGCCCUUGUUGGCUGAACCUGUGUUAAAACUUAACGUCUUCAGAACUGAAAAAGUGGUCAUCUGUAGUGUUGAGGAUGUGUAUGUGUCUGUAUGUGGGUUUGGUGUCAGGGAGGUCAAGUUGGUCCUCUGCCCCUGGAGAAAACAUCCACACCAGUAAUGAGCCGUCUACUGUCCACUGACAGACACUCUCUGUGUCGCUCUCUUUCUGUUCGACCCUUUUACAAAGUGUAGAAAUCGCUGAAUACACAGGGGGAUUUAUUUGGCCAGCAAUGCUGCUUUUGUCCCUCCUGUGCUUUUACGGAGUCAUUAACCUGAAAGUGAAUGUGACUGCAGUAGGUAAGGCACCCUGACAAGCUUCUGUUCAUAUUUGUCAACUCUCUUUCUUUUGUCCUUUCUAUGGUAUGUUUAAGGACAAAGUGACACCUAAGAACAGCAUCAAAAGCUCUACUUCUCCAGUGCAACUAUUAUUUAUCGAUUAUAGGAAGUAGCUGUUUCUAUACUAGGUAAAAAGUCCUUGGAGGGAGAAUUGGUGCGGUGGCAGUACAGAUGCUAUGACACACAAAUGGCUGUGUUGAGAAGCAGAGAAAAGUCACAGGAGAGGUCCCGUCACAGGGGGGAAUGAUAUUACCCAGCAGUUCACUCCCUGGCAUUAAGCCAGGCUUACAAUGAUCUGCUUGCACUCAAGUGUGGAAAUUGGUGUAUUUCAACUUGGGAGAUGGAUUUACUCAUAAAGUUGAAACAACGGAUAUGACAGCUUCAAUGCCUGGAGGUGCUACAGCUGGGUGGGUUUAGGAUAAGGGAAGGUGAGAACUGUCUAUAGAGCUGCCAAAGCCAGGUGAAAAUCACUCAACUAGAAGGAUGUGACCUUUCACGAGGAUAUGAACCGAGAUAUAUCCAAACCUCCUGUGACCUCUUCACAACACAGGGGUGUGUUGACAGUCAACUUUCGGCAUUCAUUUGAAAAUGAAAUGUGGUUUUCAGUCAUUGCCAGGUGAUUGGUCGACAUCCCCACUGAACCUCCUGCUUUGACCAAUCAGAGAGUCUUACUGUUUUACCUCUAGCAUUGACUAAUAAAGUCAAGCAAAAGCCAGUUAACAACAUUACGGAUAGUAAAGGGAAGACUGAACCUGAACUGACUGACACAUUAUCUAUUCAGCCUGAUGUCAUUAACACAACCUAAACACAUUAGCCUGCUGUACUAAUGAAGUAGCUGUAAGUCUCGAUUAGCUGUGGAUUGCUUUGUUAGUGAAGCUGUGUCACUCACUCUCGAUUGAAUGAUUGCACGUCAGCCUGGUUUUAAUUAUGAACUAUUUAUCUGACACAUUAUUCAUUCAGGACUAAAUUGGCUGCUGUUAAAGUUAAUUGUAUGAUGACAUUAAUGGAAUCCUCAUCCUGGUGACAUGUUGCUUUUUCAUCGAAGUCCUGCUCACUCCAAACCAUGAGGCAAGGAGUAACAAAUACAGCAAAAUAUCCACUUUUCUGGUCUGUAAGUUUUUUCGUUUUUGCUAAUCAUGGAUGCCAAAAUGUUCCCUGCUUUGAACAUGAUAACCACAGGGGAUAUUUUCGUGAAAGUUUGAUAUCCGAGCAGCUGCAAAAAAAGAUAUGACUGAAUAAUUCAAGAUUUCCCAUGCUUCUGUAAAUAUAGGGGGAAAUUUUGAGAGCAUAUCUAACAGAGCUAUUAACUUUAAGCUUAACUUUAAGAUAUUCAUGAGAAAUAAUGUCUCUGGAUGAAGGGAGGUGGGAUAUUAUAAUGUCUGGUUGGCAUUAUGGCACAGCAUGUUUGUGCAAGGAUGAAGACCUGAGAUAUAAAGUCAUGUUCUUGCAGAUUUAUGAGGCUUCAGCUCUGGGAAACUGUGUGCAGGAUUUCUUACAUUACAUUGACAUCACAUAUCUGUAAAUGUCACAGUGUGCAACAAACGAAACAUGUGAAUGAACUAUGUGUAAGUCAAUGGUGUUGCAGGAGUAGACCAAAGAGAUUCUUUGUUGUUUCCUACCCCUGGGGAAAACUACAAAUUAAAGACACUAAAGACAUUAUGCAGAUCUCAGUCAUGAGGUGAAUUUAAUUUAACAUUUCAUUAACUGGGGCUUUGUUCAUGAUGAAUAGUCAGGUUAAGAUUCAAAGGCAGUAAGCAAUUUUUAAAACAAAUGCUGUACCUGAAGUACCCAGGAAGGAGAAAUUACACUUCUCCAUGACAGCUGGACCAAUUAGUGGGACUGUAAGUUGCAAUUAUUUUAUAAUGAGUCAAACUAGAAUGGGUAAAAACUUGUAACUCGUAAAGCCUAAGUAAACGCAUUUUUAUGUAAACAGGAUACGAUACGACACAAUAUAUGACACCACAUAACACGAUUUGAUACAAUACGACACAAUAUGAUAUGACACGAUGCGAUACUACACGAUAUGACACCAUACAAUAUGACACGGUACGAUUUGAUUAGAUACGACAUGACACAAUAUGAUACAAUAUGACAGGCUGUAUUGUGAAACGAUACAAUAUAACACAAUACAACACAUUGUGACACAAUAAGAUAUGAUAUGCCAUGAUAUGAUUCGAUUUGAUACAAUACACAACAUGAUACGAAAGAAUAUGACACGAGACGUUACAAUAAGAUACAAUACAACAUGUCAUGAUAUUAUACGAUUCGAUUUUGAUACGACAUGUCACAAUAGGAUACAAUAUGACACAAUACAACACAAUUUGACGCAUUGACUAUUUUGAUACGACACAACACAACACGAUAGGAUAUGACACAAGACAAGACGAUACAAUAUGUCAUGAUAUGACAUGGCAUGAUAUGAUAUGAAGCAACCCAGGUCUGUCCAAAUAUGUGAUGUCUUUUCCUCUCUGGACGAAGAGUUUUAUUGGUAAUAUAAAGGCAAAGAGACUGUAGUGUAUAAGACAAACUGAGGGCAUACAAGUGCCUAGAUGUGAGGCUUUUUUGUGUUGCUUAUUUUCAUGGCAACUGAUCAAUGGAGGUUUACAAAUCAACUGCCUGGUUUGUUUUGGUAGCUUGUCAGCUUUAAAUUUCUCUAUACAACACACUUUGUUGUAACCUCAGAGAAAACACAUCAAGAAAGGGUUUAAUGCUCCAAAUGUCUUGGUUUUAGUGUUGCUUAAAGUAUUCACACCAUUCCCUUAAUCAUUCUGUAAGCAACAGUGCAUGUAGUGGAUACAUUUACCCGCUGUAGUGCUUCUCCCCGUGUGUUUGUGUGUUCUUGUACUCAUCUUCUUUUCUGCCACUGUGAUUCUCACUUCAGCAUGAACUCCCACCUAUCUAGCCAGAGGGGAAGGAAGAGGUAAUACCUUUUUCCAUUGGUGUUGCUGACAUUUUUGUAGCCUGUAAUGUUGAUGAUGGCUUCUCUCUGCAGCUAUAGGUGCUGAGCAACAGCUAUCCGUGCUUCACAGACUUCACAGGACACAGUGGGGGGGAAGAGGGAGUGAGCGAGAAAGGGGAUUGUAAAGAACAUGAGAGGAGAGGGAACACAGAGAGGAGUACAUAUAUCAGCUGAGGAAGCGCAGAAACAAAGCAAAUUAUUCUUCAGUUGAGGACAGAAAAUAAUGACACAGUUAAAAAUAAUGUGACUGCAGAGAGACUGGGCUUCCAUAAAACCGAAACGGGGGUUGUUGCAAAUUACUUCAGGUGCUCAUUUUGAGUCCCUUGCAAAGAUGAUGAGUGGAGUAGAAGCUCACAAACAUGUCUGUACUUCUGGUUGAUCUUUCUUUACCCACAGAUCCUUGUGCAUGUGUUUAUCAGAAGGACAGGCUCAGCAGCUCUCGGUGGUGACCGACUCCAGCGCUGAUUAAAUAUUUACCAGUGGUGAGAGUGUGUAGGCAGGGAUUGCAGCUUACACGAUGAGCUUUUUGACCUCUAGGGCUACCGUAGAUCACUGCAGGGCUGGCGAGUCAGGAAAUGGGAAAGUCAAGGCUGCGUAGCCCGGCGAUGCAUGUGUUUGUGCAAGCAUAAGCCUCUCUGUGUGCACAUGCAUGGUGUAGGCAUGGCAACUGCUCUCGCUUUUCUUCACAAACCUGACCUCGCACUUGAUUUUUGUGGCAACCCCCACCCCCUCCCCCCUCCACACAGAGACACCGACUGACACACACACACUCACACACACACACACACAUACACACAUAGAUGUUUCACUGAGCUGUAUUAUCUGGAAAUCCUGGAUAGAGUGAAGAUUAUACAGGAAGACGCUCCCUAUGACUUAACACACUGGUGUACAAUCUGUGUUCAGUGGUUAUCCUAAAGCUCUUGUUGUUUGUGUGUUGGAGUCAUUUGCACACAUGAGUACUGUCCUAUAUUAUGAUGAUCUGGGUGAUAAUGCUUCAGAAGUCACACUGGAGUUACACAAGAAAACUCCAGUGUAGCUGUAUAUUUACUAGAAAGAGUUCCAGUCUGGGGUUUCUGCUGGAAAACUAACAAGCACAUUGCCAAAUAAGUCAACUAUCCCUCACAGGGAUGCCUGUAUUGUUUGCAAGCUUAUUCCUGCUGCCAUCUUUCCUCCCUGUGUCUGUCGGUAAUGGGGAGCACUUUCUUUUAGCAGGCGAAGUUCAAGCAUUGCUCCUAUGAGAGCUUUCAAUCGGCUUAAUUUACUGAACUCCCCUCAGAGGGACAGAAGGGCUGAAAGACAGAGGAAGAGAAAGAAAACAGGAGUAAAUUUUUUAUCCCUCUGUCUCUCUCUGUUCCUCUCCCCCCUGCUUGAGCUGUCUCCUCUCCUCUUGGCUCAUGCUCCCGUAGGGGCUGUUUGUAUUUGUGCCUCCUGAUGAGAAGCAUCCCAUCCUUUUUACAGCUCGCUCUCUUUGCCCCUUUGAGUUUUUGCUGAGUAAUAGUGAGAAACAUGAAAAGAAACAGGGCUUGUUUGCCUGGAGCUUAAACUGAAGCUCAUAUUUGUGGGUUGAAAUGGGUCAGAAUUUAUCCCGAGAAGAGUAUAGGUUUUAGACUUAUAGAUUUGAUUUCUUCUGUAUUCGGAUCUUCUGGUCAAAUCAUGUUUUCAUCCCACAAAGUGAUGCUGUGACUUUAAUGCCAGGAAGUCUGUGGCACAUUGCCUGUAAUCUUUGGCAGCUACAUGCAGAAUUGAGCUCGCUAAAGGGUGAACUGUCAAGCACGCUGGCUCCUAUUAAAAUCUCUCAACAUCGUCAGGACUUUUUUUGUUUCAGCAGCAAAUCAGAGCAGCGUUGCUUAUAAUAUGGCAAGGUAAUGCUUACUAGUUCAUGAUUUCAUAGCUUUAGCUUUAAAGUCCCACUCCGAUCCCAUUUACUACUCAGUGGUCUUUAAAUUGUGAUUAUGAAGUUUAUUGCCGAAAUCACGUUUCCUGUUUUCAAGGGCGUUUCUUCUGCAGAAGUCUAGUAGAUCAUUAGCAAUUCACCUCUGAUUCGUGGGCAGAGACAGCGCUGCUCUGCAGACUCGCCUUCACGUUAGCUUGCAGCCUAACAUUACCUGUGCGGCAGAAGUGGCAGGUAACAUAGGAGUCAAUUCAGCUCUCGGACACUAAUGUCUUUAGGGACAUGAUGAAAGUUGGUAUCAUAAUUAGCUUUCUUACGAGCAUUGCAAUCCGAUAACACACACACUUGUUCUGCGAUCGUCCUCUGUAUUUCUCCUCUAUAUGAAGAGUGUGGCCUGCAUAUAGAGGGGCGGAGCUUGGAUUGAUUACAUAUGAAAUCUCACUGUAUCUUAACCUGCCGUUUGGGUCUGCCAGAGAGUCACAGCAAUUUGAAUGAAGAGAUACUCAAAAAAGCAAUUUCACAUUUAUAGUUUUCUCAUGAUAUGUCCUGUAUCAUCAGAAAAAUGCCAUAUGAACAUGUAGACAACAAGAAAAACAUGAUUUUCAUUGAAGUGGGUCUUUAAAAAAAAUAUAAGCUAGUGUUUUUCUUCUCAUUUAUUUAAUUUAAGUGUAUCAGUCUUUAUAAAGUUCAUGAAGUUUCAGUGUAGAAGAAACUGUAAACUUUAACCAUGAAGAAUCCCACUGUAAACACUGAGAUGUUACUGUAAAUCCCAGCCUAGAGUGCCAGAUAGCUUGCUACACGAACACAUACUCUUCGGUUUUCUUGUGUUUAAUAAACAACCUGCCACCGUCUGAAUAUGGCAUUACUCCUGAACCAUCUGCUGCUCCUGUUUGCCAAGUUCAAUUGUGUGCCAAGAAAUAUUUGCGUAUCCUCCGAUGAUCAUAACAGCAGACCUUCACAUUAUCUGAAUUUUAUUUUAUCUUAUUCUUUGAAAUAUAUCAACAUGUUCUUUUUUUUUUUUUUUACUCCCACCUUCAAACAACCAUGUGCAAGUGACUCAACCUCUAGUCAUUUCAGUUGUGCAAUAGGUAAUCAGGAUUCUACACAAGGUAGCUUUUAGGUAUGACUGUGCAUAACUGGAUGACUGUGCAAAAGUGGCUUGCAUUGUCAGUGGACCCUUAAAAGUGUAUUAAAGGUUUUAUGAUUCAGUAAACUUAAUAGACAGAGGAUUUGCUGCAGAGAUCCUGUGCUCUGUUGGGUUUUUGCUGGUUUGCACAGACUCACCAAACAUUUCCAUCACUGGAAAGCGUCAAACAUUUCUUCGAAAACCUGAUCAUCUUCAUCUUGCAGUGGAGUGUAAAAUCUCUCCAGGAGGGGUGAUGCAUUAUGCUCAGCAUCUGCUUGGCUUUAAUCCCCAGUGAGCAGAGAGAGGCCUGUAUUAACAAGGUUUGGACACGCCUCGGAGCCUGACAGAGCUAAACACUUCACAUUCCUCCGCAGGGUUAGAGGGAGGCUUGUGAAGAGGGGGGAGAGGCUAGAUAUAAAGAGUAUAGAGCUCAUUACACCACCCCAGACUCCAGGAUGUAGCCUAACAUGCACUUAAGGUGUUAGUGUCUCAUCAGUGCACACAGAAGAGGUGUAUAAUAUGGGUGCUCUGUCCUGAGAUCAGUCUAACUUCAAGCAAAGGUUCAAAUAGAAAAUACUCAGUUUAUACUAUCUGUUGCCAAAGUUAUUCCUAAAAUGCUGCAGCUGUUCAGAAAAGUUCAUGUCCAGCUUGUAAAAUAUGUUUUGUAAGCGUUUUCAGGAUUUUAUGCACACUUCCCUUUCAAAAUGUGAGUUUGGUUGUUUCGGUUGAAGCUUUGAGGUCAACAAAAACGUCAAGUUUCUACAUUUAAGUGAAGGGAAGUGCUGUUGUCAGCACUUUGGCACAGACUCAGAGGUGACAUUGCUCGUGUCCAACGCGGAUGUGGCUCCAGCACACUCGUAAACACAUGCGUAAAUGCACAAACAAGCACACACAUCCUAAGAAUAGUGAGUAAGUGUGUUAGCUCCUGGCUCGUGGGUUGGUAUUUUUACAACAUACUUUACAAACAGCUCUAUUAUCGUAUCAUUCAGCCGUCUGACAGCAUUGUCUUGGAUUGCAUUUAUAUGUGUGGCUGCAGGUAUCUCCAGUGUCACUGGCGCACAAACACAGGAUAUAGCACUGACAGACGGCGGUGCUUAAUGGCUGUCUGCCUGUUACAUAUCAUUUUUUUCAUGCUGGAGUGCUCAUCUUCUCUCACUCGUUAAUGUGUCGUAGUCUAUAGUCUUCCUGCUCAAAUAUGACUCAGACUCUUAACAACCCAGUGAUUCGACUGUUUACCCGGACUAUGCCGGACUCCGAGUUGACAGAGCUUAUUGCACUUUGCUGUCCUCAUAUGAGCUCUCCGUGUUUCCUCUCUCUCCUUUUUUCCUUCCAUGGAAACAUACACUAUUACCCAUCAAACCUCUCCACCUCCUUUCAUUUCCUGGGUGUGUAAUUAGCUGCUAGUAAGCCAUCACAGUAACAAGCAGAGAUGUUCAUAAAAGAUACACCCAGGGGCGAGGAUGAGAGUGCAAAAUGAGAUUGUCAAAGAAAAAAAAAUUAGACAUUUAACACACUGUGUUUGAGGACUAUGACAGUUGUAGUUUCCAUUAUCGAAAUGUUUUCAAAUAAAGCAGACAGCAUAUGAUGGUUUGAUAAGAUGUCAGAGGACUAUACUUCAGAAAAAUGUGAUUUAGGGAUGAAAGCUUUCUAUUGUUGGGUGAAUCUGAAGGUUUUAAAUCUAGAUCAAAGUCUGAAAAUGCAGGUAAAUAGAAGGAUCUGAGACUCUAUAAAGGUUGUGUAGACAUUUGCCGUCAAUGUGAUCCAGAUUUUCUUGCGCAUAUACACCCUCUGUUUGCACGUGAUAAUAUACCUACAGACUGGAAUAUGUGGCGUUUGUGCCUCAUUGUAAGGCUGCGCAUGUGCGUAAGCUUGGUAUCUAUGACAACAGUUAAAUAAAAUGAGUUCCAAUACUUCAAAUUUCACCCAAUUUGCAAAUUUAUCUGAGAUUUCAUGGACUCCAAUGAUGUCCCAUCUGAUAAAAGUCGAAAUAACAGAAAUUGAUCUUGAAAAUCAGAAAAAUUGCACAUAUAGAGCCGACAGAAAGACUCUCUCUUUUGACUUGUAGCCGAAACACAUGCAUAGGUGUCCCUUUAAGAUGCAGGAGUCUUGGUAAAAGUGCACCGGAGAGGGGAUCUUUGGUUGGACCAGAGGAAAAAAAAAGAGAAAUCACAGCACUUGUAAAUCUCAUCUCCUGGAGGGGGAUAAGAUUGCAAUGCGGGAACCUUUGCCUUGAAAAAAACAAUGGAUGGCGAAGCUUUCACACAGAAUUUUAGGAUAAAGAUUGCUCUGAGAUGGGGGGCCUUGCGGGCAACAAACACUGUGUUCUUGUUCUGCUCCUGUUCCAGACCAGAAAAUCAACAUGGUCUCUGAAGACCUUUGCAUGCUGUCACGCAGCUUUGGCAAGGUCUGAGAGAAGCAGUGAGCGGGCAGUGUUUCAUUCUGCAUUGUGAUUAUGCACAGCUAUGUAAUUAUAGGUCUGAAAAGCAAAUGUACUAGUUGCCCCUUAUGUGGACUUCUAUAUGAGCAUUAUCCUUGCACUCGGUCAGUAUACUUAAGUAUUUCUGUGAGUCAAAUAUUCUUCUAUUCUCGCCAACAAUGCUCUGCAAUUAGACCUCUCGCUACACAUGGUUUGAAUAAUUGUGCAAAUUAAUGAGAUUGUUGUUCCCUUUCAUGUAAGUCAGGAAUGUUAAUGGAGCUUGUGAUGCUUUUUGUGAGACGUUUGUGAAAGAUUUGACAGUAUAAGUGGUUUUAGUAUACCACUGUAGGAAAGAUGCAUGGAGGUUAAGAGGUGGGAGGUGCUGCAGGCGGACACCCAUGGACAGAUUGAGAUGAACACUCAACUGUUGCCUUUCUGCUCCGAUCAAAGUUUGAACACUUUUAUUAAAAGCUGUCAAUCAUUUCAUUUAUAUGUACGAGAAGGCAGUGGAAAAUCAAACAUCCGAACACUGAAAGUGACAACACCCAUAUAAAAUAACACCACUGCUAUGUGCCUUUAAAUAGCUCCAUAAAUGAGGCCUAUUAAUAGUGGUGAAUAAAAGGCAUGGGUGAAUAGCAGCAGGUGUUGCAUCCAUGAUGUAACCAAGGUCAGGUUUAGCACACCAGGAUUGUGGGUUUAUAAGCUAAGGCUGCACUUAUGAGUAUGUAUUUGAUUGACGUCACCAUUAGAUUAGUGCUGUGUUCAAAAAGUCAAUUUGCCUUGUUUGCAAUUACAACCAAAAAUCCACAGUCAGCUGCUAAUGCUCUCUCUGACUUGUAUGUGUUAACAGAGUGCUCUGUUUUCCAGCUGUGACUGAGCUCAAUCGCCUGUCUCCAUGACUCAUCAAAAAGUGGAUGUAGUGUGAACGUGUGUUUGCAGGGUUUGCUGUUAAAACGUUUUCUUUGUUGGUUGUUUUUUUUGUUAAAUUGUUCAGUUUCUUUCAUGUGACAAUAGAGAGCAGUCAAAGGGAAGCUAAUAAUAACCGACCUAAAAAUCAGCACUGAAGGUCAAGAAUGUAAAGCUGACGUUUGAUUGGUUAUGUAAGCAUCAGUUUGAAUGGAACAGGGGUUGAUUAGUAAUGCCCGCCAAGAGGGACGUCUACGUUUUGACUUUAAUACACUGUAUCUCUAAGCUCUCUUUGUAAAAAAAAUAAGCAUCAAAAGUUUUUCAGCAGAUGUGAGACAUAUUCUGGAGGUCAAUCUCAAAUUUGAAACUAGAUUUUAAAAGAGAGUGUGUUUUUUUUUUUUUUUGUUUUUGAUCAAAGCAGCUCAAGGUAGAGGUAGGAUUUGAAGUUUCCCCUCUUUUAAAGCAGAUGACCUUUAUAAGAAAACAGGUUGAAUAAAAACAGGAUUAAUGCACGUCGCUGCUUUAUUUGGUUUUUGUGUUAUACAGUUUCCUCUCUCAAUGAGCAGCAUCAGCAUUUACAGUUUCUAAAGUACCAAAAGAGUAAAACAAUGCUGUUUUGUGACCCAGAUUUGAUGUUGAUGCAGGUUAGUCUGUAGGAUUUUGACCGUUCAUAGAAGCAGCACUUUUUUUGAGUAUUUGUCUCUGUGCACGCUGAUUACAGUCCUCCUCUCAACAGCAGCGCACGAUGUUAGACCAUAGAAAAGCUUCUUAAGUGAUUGGCUAUGAUUGGUCCGAAUGAUGAUUCAGUGCAUAGCUACAUGAUUGUCCCCUCAGUUAUCAAAGUGUUUUUCUCAAAAAGUCUCUUUUUUUUCUGAGAGAUUAGCCCAAUUGUUUAUCUCUGUGGCUGCUUGUAAACCCUUGGAAUUAGAAAAUUGAUCCCUGUAGAUUUGUAGAUUUUCUUAUAAAAGUUCAUGAUUGAAAUCCUUAUUUCAGAGCUACACCAAUCAGAUCUCUCCAGUUGUUUCUUUUCAGCUGUGUCACUUUACCCCGAGCAUGGCAGGCUGUAAACUCCCCAAAGUCCGCCUUAAGAUGAUCCCUUUUGAGUUUGUAAGGUUUUUACAAGAGCCGAAUUAUCCACGGAGCUUUACUCUGUUUUAAAAGUAACAGAGCCAGUAUUUAAAGUCAAUGAAAAUACUGAAUAGAUCAGUUUAACUCUGAAAAAAAAUCUGUGUUUUUCUGUUUGCCUAUGGAAGCUGUGGGCUGACCUGACAAAUACCUUUAAAUCACUCAAUGACUCAAAUGACCUAUACUGGUUUUAUGGUGUGAUUAUAAAAAAAAAAAUAUGACUAAGCAGUAAGACAAAAGUUUGAAAUGUUUUUAUGUCAAGCCAACAGAACUGUGAUGGAAAACUCAGAACAACUUUGAGACUUGACUUUGGUAGAUGACUAAGUUUUAUGUUGCGAAACUAAAAACCUAAAGGACCGAGUAGAUAAAUCUUUACUGUGAAGUUUAAAGUGAACAUCUAAAAGCAGUUUUUUAGCAUUAGAUAUUUAUUGAUAGACAUUCAUCAAAGCCAAGUAACCUUCAGAGGACUGCUGCCACUACUAGUUAUGUUUAUUUUGAAUAGUAAAAACGUUAAACACGAUGUCACAGCUGCUUCAUUUACACGUCUUUGCAAACAGAAAUAAUUUAAAGCUCCUGUGAGUAUUUUUCGUGCUGAUUUGGUCUUGUCCUUUCAAAGAGAUGCAACUUGACCUGAAUAUGUCAGCUGUUAUCCAUCUUACUCAGUUGGCUCUGGCCCCUUUUUCUGCCUCUCCAUCUGCGUCCAUCACGCUGACUUUUGAUUGACUGUGUCAGUGUGAAAGGCAGCGAGCUCUGGCUCGUUCGAUUAUUUGAGGGGAGAGUAAACCUGCCCCGUCAGUCCCUUUUUUUAUUCCCGAUCAAUCAGAUGAUAACAAUUAGGGCGGUAACAACAAGUGGAAAGGACCUCUGGAUCAUGUCAAAGUGGGCUCUGGUGUUUCUGCUGGACUUAGAUGACGACAGCGAGGGAACCCUAGUGACGCACACGCAUACGUACUCUCACACACACACUCUCCAAAUGAGGAAAGGCAGCGAGGCUUGAAGAUGCCCCCCUUUCACGCUCUCUGUCCCACAGCCACUUAUCAUUUUUCAGCUCGUUCCAACGCCGCUUCCUCCUCUCCACCUCCUCCUCCUGCUUUAUCUCCCAUCUUCAGCUUCACUUCUUUAAGUCCCAUACAUCAUUUUGUCUUGUAGUCCAGAUAAAACACAGCUAUUUAACAAUCUGUUUAGCAGGCGACCUUGGCUUGGCUGUCCUGCUCCGUUUUCAUCCUUUCAGCUUUUUGUUCUGGCAAAGUUUCUGAGACAAACUUCUCCCGCUUUUUCAUCAAGUUCGACUCUCCAAGGCGAGGACAGACUCGAAUCAACCUUUUGUAGCAUUGUAAAAAGCUAGUUUUUCAGCAAGGCUGCCAAGCCUCACAAAAAAAGAGGAUGUUUGACAUUGUGACGCUUGACAGAGUGAGUGACGCGCGGCAAAUCAAAAGCUCCUUUUUAGCGAAUAUUUAGAGGAGUUUUUGGUUCAUCAGUUAUGUAUAAACAACUCUUAGUGUUCCUGCUUGUGCGCUGUAAGUUUGUCGGUUAACAAGAGCGAGGAAUGGAAAAUCAAUCUGCUUUAUUACACAAGACAGACGGACUUUGCUCAGACACACACCCACAAAACCUUCACACUCUUCUAGUUCAAAUGAAGAAAAUUACUUCAGCUUAUCCACGUGCCCGCGCGCGCACACACACACACACACACACACACACACACACACACACACACGCUCAUACAAACACUUGAACACAAUCGCUCUAAUUCUAUGGAGUGUGACUCAGGGUUUUGUCUUUAUGGUCACAGUAAUUGAGCCUCUCCAGAAGGUUUUACACAGAUUAAAAUGGCUCCUUGUUCUGAGCAAUAGCUAACAGACCUUGUGAAGUGUGUAUAUGUGUGUGUGUAUGUGUGUUUGUGUGUGUGCACGUGCCCAGAAGAUAUAAAUCAAUGAGGAGGAGGAGGGGCGAGGUUUUUGAUUGCAGUGCAUGUCAGGCUCACAGUAUCUGAAUUUAUCAUCAACAGAAUCUGAUGUUAAUGCAGCAGCGGUUUACUGUAGGCAGAUCAGGGAGCUGGUUUGCACACACACUUGCAUAGAGGCUUGGUGAUUGUUUAUGACUCAAUUACCCAGCCUGCCUAGGUGCUGGGAGAGGCCCUUAAAUCCUUAGGCUCUGUUCACUUUUCCUUUGAGUACACCGCACCUUAUCUAACCACUCUGUUUUCAUCUGAAGCACUUUUACUCAGUUUUAUGUCCUCGGCAGAUGUUUUAGACUCAUAGUGGUGUCCUGUUAAACUCAGAUUAAGAAACAAAACACUUGUACAAACCAUAAACAUGUCAUACAGUGCCACCAUACUUAUACAUUUGUAAAUUUGUUAAGUUAAGGCAACCCUGCAUUCAGUUUUAUGAAGGCUUAAUUUCAUAGAUUAAGAUAUUUUUGGCUUUGCUGGUAAAUUUAUAAACUUGGAUAACAGUAGGAGUUUUGGUAUAUCCAUUUUUGAUGCUUUUCUUGUUCAAAAACAGUUAGGCAAACCUGAUAAUUUGCUUAAGAUCUUUGUGAUUCCAUGAACAUAUGAACAUGAAGUAGUCAGCCAGUGGAAAAAAGUAGCUCACUUUUUCCUUUAGACUUAUCAUAUCCUAUUGUAUUGUAUCAUAUCGUAUCGUAUCGUAUCAUAUCGUAAUGUAUUGUAUCGUAUUGUAUUGUAUCAUAUCGUAUUGUAUCGUAUCAUAUUGUACCGUAUUGUCUCAUAUUGUGUCGUAUCGAAUCAUAUCGUAUUGUAUCGUAUUCUAUCAUAUCGUAUCGUAUCGUAUCAUAAUGUAUUGUAUCAUAUCGUAUCAUAUCGUAUUGUAUUGUAUUAUAUCGUAUUGUAUCAUAUCAUAUCGUAUCAUAUCGUACCGUAUUGUCUCAUAUUGUGUCGUAUCGUAUCAUAUCGUAUUGUAUCGUAUUGUAUCAUAUCGUAUCAUAUCGUAUCAUAAUGUAUUGUAUCAUAUCGUAUCAUAUCGUAUUGUAUUGUAUCAUAUCGUAUUAUAUCGUAUCAUAUCGUACCGUAUUGUCUCAUAUUGUGUCGUAUCAUAUCAUAUCGUACCGUAUUGUCUCAUUUUGUGUCGUAUCGUAUCGUAUUGUAUCGUAAAGAUUUAAUCAUUUGAUAGAGAACACAAAAUUGCAUAUUAAUAAUAAAAAUGUAUAAAUAUUUUGAAGGAGUUUUACAUUCUAGCAAGAUUUAAACUUUUGACACAGACAGAGUGACCACUCUAGGCUGUAUGAUUCAUUCUCUACACAUUACAGGGAAAUCAUUGAUCUUAUUUUUAAGUAAAAUAUGCUGCUAUAAAACAAAAGCCACGAAGAUAGUCAGCAAGAAACAUCAAAAAGAGGAAAACAAUCUUCCGACAAUUAUUUGGAUAAUUGGUGAAACAUGAGGAGAAAUAAUUUAAUGCACCUGCAGGCACCACGUUGCUGUCAUGAUGCAUUGUUUUCCAUUUUUUCUAAGCAGCCAGGUUGACAAUAACUUCUCUUCUCUUAACGUUUUUACUAAUACAUCAAAUCCUAAAAGUUUUGUUUUGCUGAGACCUCCAACCCCCCCACACACACACAUACAGAGUAAGCAGGGGCAUACUUGCAUACUUGAUAAACACAACACAGCUUGUUAUUAAAAAUGUUUUAUAGACAGGGACAAUAGAAAAGUUAGCUGACACAUCCCCUCUACAUGUUGUUAUGUCACAGACUUACUCUUAAAGUUACAAACUUUAUUUGUCCUUUCAAAAAUACACCCAUGAACAGCCAAUAAUGUUGGUGUGUUGUGACUGUCUGGCCUUUUCAGUGUUGCUUGAUAGGGUUCAAGUCCAAACUCCGGCUGUGCCCCUCAAAAAUAUUUCUAGACUUGUCCUGAAGAGACUCCCUUGUUAUCUUGGCUGUGUGCCAACAACUCAUCAAAACUGUCUGAGUCUGUUAAGACACACAAAUCUGGUAUUGAUUCGUAAAACUGCAGGAGAUUUUUGUGAAUGGAUGCACCCUGACUGUGUGUUUGUGCACUCAGCAUGUCCAGUCCAAAUACCAGUGUGUUUCAUCAUCACACAACAAACUGAAACAACCUACCAGACUUGUACCAGCAGCCCCUCAGACUCCUGCUCCAUCCAUCUUUUCACUUCUUCCCCUCCUCCAUCCAUUCAUGGCUGCUAUGGGCCUUGUUGUCAUGGUUACUGUGUCCUUGCAGUCGCUAAGCCCUGAUUGUGCCGCCAAGAGCAAAAAGGUUUAUGAUAACACUAAUACACACAAGAGAAGAUGUGUAUAAACACACACACUUCCCAUAAAUCUACAGAGGUCUUCUGAUAUGGAUUUUCAUUUAUGGAUCGCUUUGGCAUCAGUCGCGUGUGGACAUAAACGGAGCAACAUGCACAGACACGCACAGACACACACAGGCACUAGUUCAGCAUAUACACACAGGGCUACUCGGCUAGUGUCAUCCUCAUUAAUCAUCUAGCGUGUGCUUGCGGGUUGUCUCAUAGAUAAGUCUGCGCUUUCUGAAAAGGUCUCUGAUAUUAGAGCUUCAUUUUCAGCUUUUAAAGGCUGUCAUAAAAAAACUAACUUCCUGGAUAAACACAGAUGAAUUCAUGCUCCUGCAACUCAGAUGUUACAGGGAGAAUCCUGGCACCAAAAUCGCACACUGGAGUGCAGCGUGAGGGCCCCAAAGUGCUCUAUUUGUGAAGAUGGAGGCUGGCAAAUGUUACCUGGAAGCAUCAUAUGAAUAGUCUUUUCCUCUGAGUGUGUUUGUGUGUGGCCUUGCCUCUAGUAUCAUAUCUAGUCUCACAUAGAGGAUGCAGGGAGAUGGAGAUGGAGAGAAAAACACAGUUGCCAUAGUUUCAUACUCUCAACAACGAUUAGGAGAAUUAUUCGACCAGUUGCUCUCAUCCUCUCAAGUUCUCAUAAAUAUGGAUGCUGUUGGUGAUUAUUGCCUGCCCCUUGUUCCUCUUUCUUGGUUUAACAUAACCCCCUAGUGCCUCUUCUUUAAACGUACAUCUGAUUUUUUAAAUUUACAUUUGAUGGUUUAUUAUUACAGGAAAUGAAUAGAUGAAGAAGGGGAUCCUUGUUUUCUUUUGUUCUCUUUCACCGUGUUAUCUGUUAGUCCUCCUCAGCAGUUUGAAGUACCGCCUCCAGGACCAGAUGACCUUUGACCCCAGUAGCUAAGGCAGGAGCUGCAGUCAAUCUAUGCAGUUAAAAUCAUUUUGUUUUAAUGAUAUGCAUUAAAAUAAAAUGAUGAAAUCACAAAUUUGUCAUUUUUCUACUUUUGCAUUUAAAUACUGACGCCUGAAAAUCAUCUACAGCAAUAAAUUCACGCUUCAUUUCAUUAGCAGCCUGUUCAGCCAUCUGAGUGUAAAGAUGAAGAAUUUAAAUGAGAGAGCUGGCUUAAAGGGACAUUUCUGUCUAAAAGCAUAGACUGUAUAUAGAAUGGACGCCAUCUGCCUCCUCGCUGGGUGAAGCCACUACGAGAACAGCACCCUCUGGUGACGGGCUGCAGUAUAGGUCAUAAAUCCCGCUUCCGUCAGCAAAGCUUAUGGAGCUGUGGACAAACUUUAGACAUUUAUUACACAGAACAAAAUUUUUUCUCCCCCCUGCUUGUGAUGUUGACAUGUAGUUACUAUAAGACUGGUUUGUGUUUAAGUUCUCUUUUUUUCUGCGCAGCUCCGUUUUUAAAAGUUAUUAGGGGGUUCAUGUUUUCUUUGAUUGACACUUUAUACAGCCUAUGGGCAUUCAGGGAUUGCGUAGCUCACCCGGGGGAUACACUGUUUGAGCCAAGCGUCAUCACAGCGACUCUCUGGAUGAAUGCAUACAAUGCUACUGCGCAAUGUUGGUUCCAGUAAAUGAAGAAAAAUCCUGGAAAUACCGAGGGGUUUCAGCUUCAAAUCCGUAUACAGGCGGGAGGCGGAACCAAAAUGUCCAUAGUAUAUACAGUCUAUGUCUAAAAGUAGUUGAUUAUUAUCAGCAUAUUUAUUCAUCCCAAUGCCCAUAGGGGGCAUCAAAAUCAACACAAUAAAAAGGUUUGUCUCAGGAGAUUUAAAACCACUUGACUGAUUUUAGAAUUAAAUCCAUGCAGGAUCAUCUUAAUGAACUUGAAUAUAGAGUUCGCUGUCAUUUGACUCAGUGAGGUAAGUUUUCACAUCGUCACCCUAUUGAAAUAAUAAUUAAGUCAAUUUUUGACCAAAAUGAGUUUUUGGCCUAAAUCACCUUAUGAUAAUGUUGGCCAUCUCUGGUAAAAUCACCUAAAUCCUUAGUAGAAAGGAUCAUGGCAUGAUCUUAUUUUAAUAGGGUGAUGAUAUGUUCUUAUUCAUUUCUGGUUUUGAUGAUUUUGGCUUACAGCUUAUGAAAAUCAGAAAUACAGUUUCUGGCACAGUGAUAUAAUUGUCAGCAUAACAUUUGUUGGGAAUUUUGGCACUGUGGGCAGGUGCUAAGUCCUGCAGGAAGAAGGAAAUAGCAUCUUCCUAACACCUUGUGAGGAGAUGGAAACUCAGAGUGCUCUAAAAUCUCACGGCAGACAGGUGCAGGUUUUGGACUUGAUAAAACACACAGUACCAAUGCCAGCCAGUGAUGUGGCACCCCGGGUCAAGAAGUGAGUCCCAAACUUGUUAAUUAGAGUGGCAGACCUCUAUAGACAGGGUGUUAUUGAAUAAAGCUGGAAGUUAUUAGUUAUGUUUUAGACAAGAGGGGGUGAGCAGCCGAGUUUUGAUUUGUUUGCUUUGAGUGUGUGUGUUUUUGGCAAGAGCUUGAAUUGAUAUUUCAGGCAGACCAUGAGAGGGAGGAAGCAGGAAGUAUUGACUGAGAUAUGAAGCUGCUAUUUCAGGCCACUCCGGCUGGUGUGAAGGGUUCGAACUCUGGUUAUGUGAUGAUAGAGGUGUUCAGGAGGUUUGAUGAGCCGUGUUAUUGUUUACGUGUUGAUAGGUUGUGCUGUUUGGCCUGUGCACGCCGAUGUGAGGUUUGCUACACAUUUCCACCGCAGUCUGCCAGCUCAGCUCGGAUGACCUCAUUGUUUAUAUUACCGACAUCCACUCUUUUCUGCCUCUUCCUCUGUCUCAUCCCUCACUCCCACUCAUCCCUCCGUCCCUUUCAUGUUGUUCUCUCUAACUCCUUCCUGCCUUUUUUGACCCUCUUUUUAUUUAUUUAUUUAUUUAUUUAUUUAUUGACCAUGACUGCCACUGUUGAUAUUACACAACACCAUUAUGGCCUCAUGUCAACUGGCCCAGCGCUGAUCUGCCUAUCAUCUUACUGCUGCUGCUAUAAAUACUACAGAUGUCAGCACAGGAUUUCCUGUAGCAUCUGUGCUAAUCCCGUGCUAGCAAUGUUAUAUUUCCUGUAGCGUCCACUCUCAACUUAUAUGCACCAUGUGACACGAGCAAUAGUGCCCGAGUGAGACUCCUUGCACAUGUGCCGGUUCGAUCACUUGUGAGCGUGCAUGUGCAAACUGAGUCCACUCCUCAUGAUUUGUGUUUGUCUAUUUCUUAUUCUUAUAAUUUUAGAUGGAGCUCUGUGUUACAGCUGUUUGAAGGAUAACAGCAGCUUGACUAAGGUCAUUACUUUCAUCAGCGAGGGAGUCAGACCAAAAGACUUUGCAAUACUGCUGGGUCUGUGUUCUUGGUUUGAUGCUGAACUUUCUUAUUUUUCUACAUUCUUUGAAUCUCCUCUGGUUUCCUCCUCGGCCUGCCUCAGGCUAACUCCAAAUAAAAAAGAUUAUGAGGGGACUGCACUGGGACUGGGUGCUCAUCCAUCUGCAACACCGAUGCAUCUUUCUCUUCCUCUGCCGGCCUGUCAGUCAUGGCUCUAACAACAGGUGUUUCUAGAGGGCAAAGAUAACAGAGGAGAAGAACAAGACAGGGGGGAAAGGGCAGGAUGAACAGAUCGAGGGGCCAAGAGGGAAAAAGGUGUGCCUCAGAGGCAGCCUUUUCUGCUUAUGGAAAAAAAAAGAGAUAAUGAGUAGGAAAUUAAUCUGUUGAAUGAAUGAGUCAGACCUGCCCGCUCAAAUGUAGCAGCAAGAAAACUGAGGUUCAGACUGAGAAGCACAGAAAGAGGCUUUCCUGACGCUGCACUGACAGAUUUAGGAGCCUGCCUGGAGACAUGUCUGGACCCUCUCUCACAAACAAGUUUGGACUUUUGCUCUCUUGAGAACCACUUGUGGCGACAGUGCUGUGUUAGUCAGUAAUACUUUUUACUCUCUGAAAAGUUAAGUUAGUAAAUUUAAUUUCUUUAUCAAUGCAAUUUGAAGUGUUAUAUUUGCAUUCAUAGAGAUUUUAAAAACGAAUUCUUCAUUUUUUAUUUUUACUGUGCUUGGAAAUGUAACCCAAAUUAUGAUGCAGUAUAUAAGGUGUGCAGUUAAAAGUGUGCAUAAGUUGUCCAUCUAUAAAUUAUAAUCUUUUUUUGGGGUUAAUAAAGUGGACCAACAGUCCUGUGGAGUUGUAUUUUUAAUAUAUAUAAAAACAAAGCUAAUGCCAUGCUGGUAGACCAGAUUCAGAAUCUGUAAUAAAUAACCCAUAAAAUAUUACAUAGCUGAUCAAAUAGUAGAUUAAAUCAUCAAUUAAUUAGCAGAAUAUGAAACAGCUCUGGAUGAUUACGUUUCAAUCACUCCAUUAAUAAAGAAAACAAAACGCUCAAACGUUACAAAAAAACCCCACUUGUUAACUGAUUUUGUGAAGAAGAGGCAGGUAUAAAUAAGCUGUUGCUUCUUUCUGCCUCUUCUUGAAGCCAUCACUGUGUGUCUUUCUUUUAUUUUUUGUCAGCUUUUGUUGCCAUGAAGACAGUUUUUCUGUCUUUGUUUGCUUUAACAUUUUUGUGGAUGUGUCCAAGACAAAUAAAGAUCAAAUCUGGAGUUGUGUAGACAAAGUUUUAACAAUAACAGUCAUCAAUUUACCAAGAAUCGACUGUGAUUAACAGACUUAUAUAAUUCCUGCAUUAUUGAUAAAGACUGCAGAUGUAAUCUAUAACAGCCUCUGUCAUUGCUGAUGGAAAUAACAACAUUUAUAUAACUUUUUUCUCAGGUUCCUUUCUUUUAUCUCAUACAAUGAAGUAUUUUAAAAGAGUACUGUACCAUCUGUAUAUAUGUGGAAGUAUGUGUGUGUGUGAUAGACAAAGUUUGUUUUCACAGUAAUAAGACUGAAUGGAUGGAUGUUUGGACUACACUAUCUCCCUCUGUGUGCGCUGGCCUCUCGCCCCGAACUUUCUUUAUUUUCCUCUUCCUCUCUGUGCGUAAAGUCUGAGCUGUCAGGGUUUGAAAUCGUGCAGGUGCUGCUGCUCACUUUUCCUGGAAAGAGGAGCAGCUUCAGAGAGAGACACGAGUACAGUAGUUAUCUAUCUAACUAUCCGAACUUCUCCUACAUUCACCAUCUUUCCUUGUGAUUCUGUUUUCCCCUUCGUGUCCUCAGCUUUUCGUCUUCAUUUGUGAGCUUCAUUAUCAAACAGGGCAUGUCAGGACUCUUAAGGAGGCAUGAAUUGCUAAUGUGAACAUGCCCUAACUUGGGUAAAGCUUUUAUCUUCUUUCAAGCGCCCGCCACUGUCUCGGCUGCAGACCUGCACUGGCCCCUUGUGUUUAUCAGAGAGCAUUACACCGUGUUAGUAUGUGGAAAGUUUGUGUGCUCUCUGUCAGUGUCAGGGUUUUGUAAGACGAUGUGCUCAACCGACACUUUUUAUUGAAGCCUCUGCAUCCAUUUGGUUUGUUUUGACUUGAUAGCAGUUUUGUUGUUGUUUUAAAAGCCUGACCAUGAUUGGUUUAUUAAAAGGGAGAUUUAUGUGGAAUUUAACCAGGUUAGGUUCAGAAGAAUCGUGCAAACGUCAAACAGGACUGUCAUUUUCACGAGAAUCUCUUAUUUCUCGUCAAGCAUGCAUCAGUGUGCAAUCAGUUUCCUCUCCUCCUCUCUGCUUGUGUAACCACAGAGAGUGCCUCAUCAUGCCAAGUGAGUCUCUUUUGUUCAACAUCACAUCAAAGUUUCAGAAUACUCCUCUGUACCUCUUUUUAAUUCCUCCCUGCACACACUUUUCACCCCUUCAUGAAAAAACACAUCCUGAGAAGCACUUCCUGGACUCUCUCUGGGUCGACGUGUCGGUCUGCUGCUCACAUUCACUUAAAUAAAACUUCACUUCCCAUUUUGAUGUGUGUGUGUGUGUCUGUAUGCUGAUUGUAUCUUUGUCACUGUGAUGUUGCAUACAGAUUCUGUUAGCUAAUUCCGACACAGAUGCUGUGUGUCUAUAAGACCGUGAACUCAACAGAGAUUCACUUACAUGAGUGACAUGGCAAUACUCGGACACAGACAUGUGGAGGCUCAUUUUCCGCACCAAAACUCGCACAAAAGAGGCAAGUGGAUGUUUGUUUUAUCACGCUGGUGUCACUGACCUGAAGCUGGAGUAGAGUGAGAGUCUGUCAGUGUGGGUGGUGCAGCAGGGGGUUGAUGGAUGUGAGGAGGAUUUGGGGGUGGGGGGUUGCAGCAGGAAGCAGUGUGUGGGGUGAGGAUGGGUUUUUCUAUGUGUGUGUGUGUGUGUGUAAACGGAUGCUCAGCUGCCGUCUGAAAACUACAAGAAAAUGCAGGAGGACAGGUUUUUCUUCCACCUCCUUUAACCCUCAUUUGCACCUCAAAGGAUUAGCUCUGCCUGGUAAUUGAAACUCAUAAACUCUGGCUUUUAAUUCCAGCUUGAUCACACCUUCUAGAUGAUUUAUUUCAUGGCUAACUCUUAAACAGUAAAUUAAAUUCACUCUGAAAUAUUCUCAAGACCAUAUGGUGGGUUAAGUCCAGUGCUUUUCACACCAAUUAAUUUAGGAAGACUUUUAACUUGAGCUCUUCUCGGCGUUUUCAAGCAUGUGAGCUGCAGAAGUUCAGCAAAAUUGAAGGUUUUCUGAGCGGCAGUUUAACUUCGAGCCGUAGCUCCCCGCUGCUAACAGAAACGUGCUUAAAUCAUCGAGCAGGAAGGACGUGAGAUCAGUUCAAGAAAAGAGGAAGUGAAAACUCUGAGGGAAGAGAGGUUUCCUGACACUGGUGUGGCAACCAUCGCCAUGUUGCCCUCUUUACCCUCCUCUGUCUGAGUAUGAGUGUGUGUUUUACAGUUUGACCUACAAAGAAACUCUGUACAAACAAGCAUGUUCACUGCAACAAAUAGUCAUGUCCUAACACAAUAAUCUUCCCCUAUAGAAUGUGUCUCAUAUUUCCUGGAUAGAGAAGGAAUUUGCCAAUAUUAGAACCAAGGUAAGCUUUUACCACAUAACUGUACAUCUGCCUUUCUACCAGAACUAAUCUGCUGCAGCUCCUCUUCUUCAGAGCAAACAAGCUUAUUGUUGUUUUUCGCAUCUCUGCAUUACAGCCUUCUCACACUCUCGCAUAUUUUUCUACUAACAAUCUGCAGUCCUGACCUGAGCGUGUCCUGCGCUGCAGUGUAAUCACAUGCUGGUGUCUGCUGACAGCUCCAUCAUGCUGCUGUUUGCUCAAGAGAGAUGUUGACUCAUGGGUUGCACUCAUCUCUGUAUGAAAAGGCCUGUUCUCUCCACAGUAAGGGAUGUAUUUACUGUAUAUGAAUAAUAAAGCGAGAGGUGGCAGUGAGGAGAAAAAGGGUUAAGAGGCUGUUUAUAAGGGGCAGGAUGAGCAGGAAUAGACCAUUAUGAGAGGGACAUGUGCGACUAGAGACAGGAAAAUCUCUGUCAUCCACAAGUAAGUUGCCUCGACCUCAUCCUCCCUCGGCCUGCCUCCCCUUUUUCCUGUUGGAUUGUGGGUGACGUUAAGUGGCAUAAAUCCUGGUUUGGGGGUCGACAGAACCAUGCAGUAACAAGCUGUAUAUCUAUAUGCAACUUAAUCACCUGUCAUUAUCAGCCAGUAAUUAACUAGGACAGAUGUAUCAGUAUUGAAAACAAGUACAUUUUAAUACACCUGGGAUUAUUUGGAAAUGGUACAAUCACUCCAUGGAUGCUCCAAUGUGUAUCCGGCACAGACAUGUAGAUGAUAUCCUCUAAGGAGGACGGCUGGUGGUGCUAACUCUGCUAGCCUUUGUCACAGUCAGCAAAUCAAUUUGGCUAAAAAUUUACCGGCAGGCUCUGUGAUCUAAUAAUUGACAUAUUCCACUUUUUAUUAAAGAGUUUUGGAGUGGAAAGUAAAAAUCAAAAUCUUCAUUUUGACAAUAAAGAAAUUAGUUUCUUUCAUCCUGUAACCUCUAUUCACAUUUUUUUUUUCCAGAAAGCAGACUUAUUUCUAACUUAACUGUUUAUUAAUAUCGCACAAUCCACAAAGCAAAUGUCAACUUUCAUCCUAGAUAUGAAAAGAAACACCAAAACUAAAGCCCUUUAAAAUUGGUUCUGGUAUGAGUGUCAAAAUUUUAAUGUCUGCCAAUUCAACCAUGUCAAACUGAAAGAGCACCUUAGAUUCUUAACUAAAGCUAGUUCAGUUUCUCUCUGUCACUCUCACUCUGUCUCACAGCCACAGAUGUGUUUGUAUGUGUGUGUGUGUGUGGCGAAGUGUUUUUGUGUGUGGGACUUGUUGGGUGCAGGACUGUGAGAAUAAGUACAGGCUCUUCCUUCCUGCUCACUUUGGUUCCAGUUCAGUUCAGCUGCAGUCGGUCACUGAGGACACACACACACACUCUCAGGGCGAGGAGAAACACAGAGUGGGAGGACAGGAGAGAUAAUGGAAGAGAAGAUGGAGAUGAAGAGUUGAUAUAAGUUACAGCAGAGGGCCUCUGCGCAGAGAAUAGAUAGAGGGCAGAGGCUAAGAGAGAUUUUUCCAGAUUUACCUGCCGUCCACAGAACUGAUCCUGAUAUGAGUGCACAGUUGAGCUCAAAGUGUACUUGUGGUGAGAUGAGGUGAGGAGUUUUAGGAUGAUUUAUGCCAGAUAGAGCGGUGUUCGACUUGUUCAGGGGACUGUUAAGAUGCUGAAGCAGCAGUUGAAGAAGUGCUGAGAUGGAGAAGGAUAAGAGAAAGUUCAACCUUAGCCGCUUUCUGUCCCUCUACCUCUCCAAAAAGAACAAAGCUUUGACUGGCAGAGCUGCUCACUGUAACAGCCUCAAAUCAACAUCAGCUACCAAAAAGAGCUGUGACACACUACCUGCACCGAGGAGCUACUGGACGGUAAAGUGAUCACCCUUCAUCUUGAUCGAAUUUGAUGCAUCCUCAGGGAGCUGUUACUGUCGUUACGUAUUUGUUAAAAAGCAGAAAAUUGUUAUUUAUUCAUGAUGGAGUCUGCAGGCUCGUUGAUGUUAUCCGUGUUUGUGCAGAAACUCAGUCAAGCUGCAAGCCUGCACAUUUAAGCAAACUCUGGUUUCCUGUUGUCAAGUUAGAUACCGAGCCUCUGUGGCCUGUGGUGACAAAUAGUUAAAGCUCUCUGACAAAGGGAUUAAUAAGUACAUCACCCUUUUUAAAGUUUGCAGCUAAAGAUUUGUUUUUCAGUAACCAAAGAUCGGACAUUUGCUUUUGUGUGUAAAUACAGAAAACAAGUUUAUCUAUGAUUGCUAAAGUUUAUGAAAAUUGGUCUAGUUCCCAGAUUCAAGACACAUUUUAAUGAUACUUGCUUUUAUGUAACCCUCGGGCCAAAACAAAAAAGAAAAUCAAUCCAAAAUAAUGUUCAUAAUUUGCUUUGUUUCUGCUUUUGAAAUGAAAACAUCAUUCAGAUAUCAUGAUUUGUGUUGACUGAUAUAAAAUAAGUUUGCUGAGUUACUAUAUAACAGAUAAAUAGGAAAUAGAAAAUUAAGAUACACCCCAACUAUUAUUUUUCUCAAAUAUGCUCCCUGUUUUAUCUAAUUAGCGAUAAACAUUGUGUUGGGUAUUAAUGAAAUCAUUAAAAGUAACUGUAGAAAUAGGGUUAUGCAGAAUAACUGCUUGUAAAACAAUGCUACUCACAUUAUUGAUAUAUGUAAAUAAAUAUAUGUGAUUAAUCGAUUAUGAAGCCUUUUAUUAGUCACAUAAAAAAGAUUUCUUUUAAUCCCUAAUCCUUUUGAACUUUUCAUAAUUUGUGAGUGCAUCAAAACAAUUGUAAAUUGUCUGUAAUAAUCUGUAGUAAUCUGUGUCAAGAUCUAGAGGCACAUUGUCCGUAUCUUAUCUUCAAGCAUUAUACACUCUUUUAACAUGGGUGUUGAAGGGGUCUAGAGGAAGUCUAAAGCCGGCCACAAUUGGACACUGGAGGAACUUCAGGUUUUAGCACUUCUACAUUGACCUCAUAAUCUAACUCUGAGGUUGCUUCUUGUUUAUUAGCAUGUCAUCGUUCACCCAAUGACAUAUAUUUACACUCAGUGUGUGGCUGUAAGGAGCUUGAUGCAAAUAAAUGUCAUAUCCUGUUGUAUAAUUGACUUAAAAAAAAAAAAAGGUGUCCUACUUAACUGCCCCAAAUUCAAGAGUUUAACUGUUUUUAUGUAGUUGUGAAUCUCUGAGAAGUAAAAGUUCCCUCAACACCACACUGUAGGAAUUUUAGAUUCACCCCACAGGCUAUCAGAGUACCAUACUUCAUCUGUGGCCUGGGGCGUGAAACUCAAGGGAACCUGUGGUACAGAGAAGUUAAAAAAAAAACAGCAUCUCAAAAGAGGUUGUCAUACUUGAUGCUUGCUUGUUGAUGCUUUGUUGCUUUUCUGUUGGGUGUUGUUGGUUGAGGUUGACGCUAGCGCGCUGGUGUGGAGGAGCUGUCAGCUGUGUUGGUGCUCCACCCUGUGAAAACCCCAGUGAGCUUCUCUUUACAGUCCUUUGUGGUUUCACAACCUGUGUCCAAAAACACAGAACUGAACCACAGGAGGACUGUUAAGUUGCUCGGUUUAAAGGGAUGUUUUACUCUCUUGUAGUGACAGUGUUCCUGAUACUUCUGUAAACGCUCACUGACAAAAAGCAAUAGUGCAAUAACUCACUCUCUCUCUCUCACACACACACACACACACACACACCUCACUUUAUACUGUGCUUCCUUUUUCUUGAGCGUUUUAUAUCGAGAGUGCUAUUUAUGCAGGAGACACUUCAAUAAAAGACUUCUUCUUAUCUACAGAAAACAGUCUCUGACACACAUUCACUAUCUCAUUGUUGAAGACAUUUCUUAUUUUGAACUGACAGCUUUAUUAAACCGUCCACCUUUGUUUUCCGCUCCUCAGGACGAUGGAGACAUCAAGGAAAUCAACAUCACCCAUGUGGUCAAGGAGGGCUCGGAGAAGGCUGACGCUUCUCAAUUCGAGCUGCUCAAAGUUUUGGGACAGGGAUCGUUUGGCAAGGUAACGAAAAUUCUCAUAACCUCCCCCUUCACUCCUUUACUUCUCUUGAACUCGACAUACAUGAGUUUUGUUCUUGUUCUUUACAUUACAGGUGUUCCUGGUGCGAAAGGUGACCGCUCCUGAUGCGAACCAGCUCUACGCCAUGAAGGUGCUCAAGAAGGCCACACUUAAAGGUACGUGAACAUCAGCACAAAGUCUAAAAUCAUUUCAAAGAUCUUCCAUUUUGGCUUUUGUGGUGAUUGAAUUGUUUACCUUCAUGUGGCAGAUGCUCUCAGUUUCAUGUAAGAGGGCGUAUACUUUCCCCUCAUAGUGGAAUCGUGUAAGCCCACCACUUACAGGUUGUUGUUUUUUUUGUUUUUGUUUUUUUUUCACGUGUGCAGGCAACUUUUUUAAAUGAACAGCCUGUACAGUGUGAUUCUCCCAUAUAUGAUGUGGUUGGUUCAAACAGUGCAGGUGUACACUUUCUUUCCCUUUCUGUUCAUACUUGAGGGUUUAGAAACCUGCAUGCACUGAGUUUGUUCACAGUUCAUCCAUAUCAACAUGCGUGCUAGCACUCAGUCACUUUAUAACAUAUUUUAAUCCUUUAACAAGAUAUCCCCUGUACUUCAAGAAGAUAUACUGAAUUGUGCUUAAUUACCCCACAGUGAGAGAUCGCGUGAGGACCAAGAUGGAGCGAGACAUCCUGGCAGAUGUAAACCACCCGUUUGUUGUCAAACUGCACUAUGGUGAGCAAGCACUCCCUUACUUAACUUCUCAAACCCCCCGAACUUCUCUAGAUAGAGUGGGCAGAGACAUUGGCAAAGCUUGUCUAAUAGUCACGCAUGUAUUUGCAGCAUUCCAAACUGAGGGCAAAUUGUACUUGAUCUUGGACUUUCUCAGAGGAGGAGAUCUCUUUACUAGACUCUCCAAAGAGGUGAGGGUCAUUCCUUAGAUUUUUGUUGUCCUGUUUAUUUGUAUCAUUAUUUUUUAAGUCCCUUUUCAAGUUUUUUUUCCCCCCCUCAAAGUUUCUUCUCCUGUCUGGUUCCUCUUAGGUGAUGUUCACAGAGGAGGAUGUCAAGUUUUAUCUAGCUGAGCUGGCACUGGGACUGGACCACCUCCACGGCCUGGGCAUUAUCUACAGAGACCUCAAACCUGAAAAGUAAGAACCAAAGAAACACUCUAGAGAAAUUAAAGUUGAUCUAUUUUAAUUCAUAUGUCCCUGAGCAGAAAAGCAUUUAGAUUUAGGCUUUAGGCUUUUAUUUUGAGGGAUUGAGAUUAAGAUAUGUAGCCUACCACAUAUGCCUCUCACAACCUGAGAUGGAUAGGAACAGAUGGGAGAGCCAGCACACCACCAGGGUUAUCAAGUGGGCACCUCACUAAAUCAGGCCAAUAAGCUCUGGCAUCCCGAACCACCCUCCUCCAUGUCAAUUCCCUCUGCCAACCACAGCAACAAGCAGAACCUCUUUAAAAAACUACACUACCCAUACAACAUUGCCACAGUUAUCUUUUAUGCAACCCUGCCUCAUUAAGUGUUUGCUUAUCUUUUUAAUGCUCUGUGUUAACCCUGCGCUAUUAAGUUUCAGCGUGUAGUCUUACUACUCUCCCUUUUAAUAUGGAGUCUAAUAUGCCUGACUGCAGCCCAUGCCUCAGCUGUUUCCCAUGCUUGUGGUCAACAAACCCAGUUUAGGAAACAUUAAGAGUAUCUUUGACAUAUUUAAAAGAUAGCUCAGACUACAGCAGAGCCAAAAAUAGGAGUUUGAUGUCUUUAUUUAUUUAAAUGUUCUCGUCUCUAAAACAUUCAUGUACUGAUAUCUGAUGAUGUUUUUUAGUAUUCUCCUGGAUGAGGAGGGACAUAUCAAACUUACAGGUGAGUCUGCUGCUUCCUCUUUUCUUACUUUAUCUCUGACACACACACACACACACACACACACACUUCCCUCCUCUCUACCUCAUUGACCUUCAUUACUCACGCUGGGGAAGCAGCCUUAUCUCACUGGCUCCAGAUAUCUACAUACACGCCAGCACAUGCUCUUCAAGUUAAUUAUUACACUUUAUCUCUUUGUCAAUCUCUGUAAUCACAUUUGUUUACCCCCCUGCGGGGUCCACCCCAUCACUGGCUCAGAGGUGACUCUGAGAUUACAGAGAGGUAAUAUUACAGCUAACACUGAUGAAGCAUGAAGGUGGUAAAUGCCGACAUGGAUUAAACUCUGCAGCUUUUUCAGGGAAGAUUACAUACGGUUAAUAAUCUUUUUUUUAGAUUAAAUCCCCCCUAAAAAUGAAGACAACUUAAAAAGUGCUGUAAAUAGAUGAUGAAAGAUUUGUUUUUUCAUGAAUAUCAAACAAAAAGUUGUAUCUUCUGCAUCCUCCAGAUUUUGGCUUGUGUAAAGAGGCCAUCGAUCAUGAGAAGAAAGCGUAUUCCUUCUGUGGCACUGUGGAGUACAUGGCACCAGAAGUGGUGAACAGACAGGGACACACCCACAGCGCCGACUGGUGGUCAUUUGGAGUACUAAUGGUAAGCAGAAAAAUAAAGCUCAUUUAGUGAAGUGUGAAUAAAAAUCAUAUAUUCAUCUUAUGCAGACAAACAUCACAGCUGUGCUUCAUGUUUUCCAGUUUGAGAUGUUGACCGGAUCGCUGCCGUUUCAAGGGAAGGACCGCAAAGAAACCAUGAACCUGAUUCUGAAGUGAGGAUUUGUUUGACUUAAGCACAAGCAGAAUUAGCAUCCUUUUGUUAAAUACAGUUUUUGAUAAUAGGAUCCAGUACUUAAUCUAUACUUACAGGUGUCUCUCUUUCUUCCUGCAGGGCGCGGCUGGGGAUGCCUCAGUUCUUGAGUGCAGAGGCCCAGUCUCUGCUCAGGGCCCUGUUCAAGAGAAACCCCAUCAAUAGACUGGGUUGGUAUCACCUCAGGAGCAUGAUAUUUAGAAAUGGCAACAUAACCUUUUCUUUUUUUUGUUGUUGUUGUUGUUAUUUAGAAGAAGGGGAAGAUUAUUGACUGUGUUUUUAGGCCCCAAACUUCGAAAUCUGCUGCCUCUGGAUAUCUUAAUGGAAAGCUGUCUGGAGUUCUUGGAGUUCUUCUUUUGACUCUUAAGUUUUUGUCUUUGUUUUAAUGAUGUUCUUAUGUCUGGCAUCUUUUUUUUUCUUUAGCUUUUUUUAUUCUGGCAGCACUUUCAGCUGUAUAUCUUGCAAGAGUCGAGUCUUAGCUGAGAGUAAAACCUCUUCUCUUGAUGUUUUUUUUUUACAGGAUCUGGAGCUGAUGGUGCAGAGGAGAUCAAACGGUAUGGUUUCUUCUCCACCAUAGACUGGAAUGUGAGUGUCUGUCAUUAAAAGAUUUUUCAACUCUUUUUUAUUAUCAUUAUGUUAUUAUUUGGUGAGUAAACUCUUUGGCUACAGCUUGUUUAAAAUCCUGCUUCGUACCUUUUUAGAAACUCUUCAGAAGAGAAGUAAAGCCUCCAUUCAGACCAGCAGUGGCACGUCCAGAUGACACCUUUUACUUUGACUCCGAGUUCACCUCCCGCACUCCUAAAGGUCUUAAAUCAAGUUUAUUGUCCACCUGUUAAAUCAGUCUGUCACAGUUCCCUUGUUUUCCUCUCUCAGCUUAUAAAUAAAUCAAUGCACAACACCAUAAAGAUGCAAUAUCUUUUUAUGAUAACUGUGCUUAUAAAAAAUAUAUAUAAUCUUUCCAUCUUCAGCAUUACGUAGGAGAAAUGUUCCUCUUUUUUUUUACAUGACUGGAAUUGUAUUUUUAUUUCCCAGACUCCCCUGGUGUACCCCCCAGUGCCGGAGCUCACCAGCUCUUCAGAGGUUUUAGCUUUAUUGCAUCAACGCUGUUGGAUGAGGAAGGUUCAGUGGAGCCGGUGCAGCCUCCUCCACACCCAGUGGUCCAGGUCAGAUUAAUAAGAUGAUUCACUGUGAUGAUUUUUGUCUGUUGUAGUUUCGAUGUUCGGCCUCAGAAACCAUCACGUAAUACAAGUAAAGGGGGACAAAAGUGUUUCUAAACUUAGAUUUAAUUUCCGGCUGACCCCUGGCGUCAUCCAUCAUCUUCACUACUACCAUUGUUCUUUCAAACUGUGAGUCAUCAUUUCCAUAUCAACCCUCUCUGCAGCAACUACACGGAAAGAACUUGCUGUUCAGUGACGGAUACGUACUGAAGGAGGACAUCGGCAUGGGUUCUUUCUCUGUCUGUAAACGAUGUAUUCACAAAACCACCAACACAGAAUACGCUGUCAAGGUAUGAUUAAAAGAUACGGCAACAAUUGAGGUCAUGUGGUUGUAAUUUUAGCUCGUACCAUCUCAGGAGAGCUGUGAGCAGAAAGAAACUGAAGCACAAAUGUGGAUUCAAUAAUUUGAGCUUUACAAAGUGCUUUUGUUUCUCUGACUGACAGAUGAUUGACAAGACCAGCACAGACCCCUCUGAGGAGAUUGAGAUCCUUCUUCGAUAUGGACAGCACCCGAACAUCAUCACCCUGAAGGAUGUGAGUUAAAAAAAAAAAACAUGCUUACUUUGGACUGUGGGUGUAAACAGCUGCUGAUUUAACUAUGUGUGUUUGUGUGUCAGGUGUAUGACAACAGUAAGCAGGUGUUCCUAGUGACAGAGCUGAUGCGCGGAGGAGAGCUGCUGGAUCGGAUCCUCAAGCAGAAGUUCUUCUCAGAGAGAGAGGCCAGCGCUGUGCUUCACACCAUCACCAAGACGGUGGAGUACCUGCACUCGCAGGGGGUGAGGAUGCUAUUAAACACUCAAAACCUUUCAGGGUCCCUCGUCUCGCCUCUUAAAUAAUCAAUGACCAUAGACUGUAUAUCGAACGGACAGAGUCUGCCUCCUCACUGGGUGAAGCCACUCUGAGAACAGCACCCUCUGGUGAUGGACUGCAGUAUUGGUCAUAAAUCCCGCCUUCUUCAGCAAAGUUUAUUGAGCUGUGGACAAACUUUAGAAAUUAAUUACACAGAACAUAUAUUUUUUUCCCCCUUGUUUGUGAUGUUGACAUGUUGUUAUUGUAAGACUGGUUUGUGCUCCAGUCCUCUUUUUUCUGUGAAGCUCCAUUUUUAAAAGUUAUUAGGGGGUUCGUGUUUUCUAUGAUUGACACUUGAUACAACCUAUGGGCGUUCAGGGAUUGCAUAGCUCACCCGUGGGUCAUCACUGCGACUCUCUGUGACUCUCCCGCCAAAUGUGUACAACGCUACUGCACAAUGUUGGUUUCAGAAAAAACGCAGUCACCAAGAGCUUUUUGGAUUCAAAUCCGUAUACUAGCGGAAGGCGGAACCAAGUUGUCCAUAGUAUAUACAGUCUAUGUCAGUAACCUGCAAUUCAAAUCUUAUCUUAAAACGUACUCACUGUCUCUGUCCUCGUGAUUAUCUCCUUUCAUCCUCCAGGUGGUUCACAGAGACCUGAAACCCAGUAACAUCCUCUACGUCGACGAGUCAGGUAAUCCGGAGUCCAUCAGGAUCUGCGACUUUGGCUUCGCUAAACAACUGCGAGCCAACAACGGCUUGCUGAUGACCCCGUGCUACACUGCUAACUUUGUAGCUCCUGAGGUAAACAGAAGGGUUUACAGAGGCUGUGAAGAUGUUAUUUAAAUGAGCCAAACUAAAACUUUUGAAUUCAUUGAAAUUAAAGUAAUUGGUGAAAUCUGUGUUUUUAUCAUCUGUUUUUUUAGGUGUUGAAGCGUCAAGGCUAUGAUGAAGGAUGUGACAUUUGGAGUCUUGGAGUCCUGCUAUACACAAUGCUGGCCGGGUAAAUAACACUUGAACCUCUGUGACUCAGCAGACCUGUUUUCUCUCAUUGCCCUACUCGCUCGCUCACUCUGUCAUCUCUCUUUUUUUUCUCUUGUCUCCAGUUUUACUCCAUUUGCUAAUGGACCUGAGGACACCCCUAAUGAGAUCCUGAACAGGAUAGGCAACGGUCACUUCAGUCUGACUGGAGGGAACUGGGACACUGUGUCUGACGCUGCCAAGGUGGAGCUGAAAAUCCGAUUUUAUGUUGUUUGUAUCUGUCAGUUUUGUUUUCUGUCCAGACAUCAGUUUUACAGUUUUUCACCAAAUGUGUGAUUGUUGCAGGAUCUUGUGUCCAAGAUGCUUCAUGUGGACCCUCAUCAGAGACUGACGGCUAGGCAGGUACUCAAACAUCCCUGGAUCGUCCAAAGAGACAAACUCCCCAACAGCCAGCUUCCACACCAUGACCCCAAACUGGUCAAGGUAACAGAGCUUUGUGUUGAGAUAGUUUUUGAUACACAGAUCAUCACAUAAAACUGUUGAAUACUGCGAAAUAACUGUUAAACUGUUUAUUUGGACUACAAUCACCAUACUGCUUUUUUUUGUUGUUGUUCAGGGUGCAAUGGCAGCCACCUACUCCGCUCUGAAAAAGUCUCAACCAACUCCAGAACUCAAGCCUAUUGAGAGCUCCUUCCUGGCCCAAAGGCGGGUGAAGAAGCUUCCCUCCACUUCCCUGUAGAAACUCUUCAAAAAAAAAAUUAAAAAAAACAGCCAAUCAGCUCGCUGGAGGCUAACAAGAAUUGCACCUCCUGGCUCCAACCGCCCAGUCAGCUUGCAUCGGGGACUCAGCAUCCACCCCCCCUCUACCAGCCAAGGAACACUGACUGUGGUCCUGCCCCCAUCUUGUGACAUCACUCGCCCCCUUCUUGCUCCUGUAUCAUCCUCCUCAUUGGCCGGUCUUUAGACUAGCAGAAAAAUACUCUGAAAAUAGAUGGGGGCAAUUAGGGCAAAAUAAGGUGCAGGUUUUGGCAGAUGUGUAAGUGUGUGUGUGUGUGUGUGUGUGUGUGUGUGGGUGGGUGUGUGUGUGUGUGUGUGUGGGCGUGAGAAAGUGUGUGUGCGAAUGACCUGCCUCAGAGUCAAUGCAGCCAUGUUUUGGAUUGUGACGACAGUUUUUCUCUCCUCAUCACUGCUGUAAUCGGUUGUCACUCAGCUUGCUGCACGCCUGUCUGUCUGCCUGUUUUGUUGUAUUUUGUCUUCUUUUUGUAAAGUUGAUGAGCUUUAUAUUUCCGGUCGUGCUGCCAAAUCAAAAUGUGCCGACAGCACGUAACCAGAGUACUGUCCAACUGCUUUUAAAUGUUUUUGAAAGAGCAUAAUUAAUAUGAAUAUGAAACAUUUCUGCCAUAAAUGCCUCUUUUGGCUUGGUACAGCCAGAAUAAGUGGAUUCUGGGAAAUGUCAAUGCUGAUGUUUCGUUAAUGUCAAUCUAUGCUUGUUUUUGUUUUACAGAGAGAGUGUAUGUGUGGUGUGUGUUAGUUGCAUGACUUGCAGAGUGUGUGUAGUGUCUUGCUGGACGCUGCAGGGUCACGUGCAUGGUCCGGUGAUGUGAUGAUGUCAUGUGGCUUCCUCGUUUCUCUCCCUCUUCUCUGCUUGGUCAACUCGCUGGCAACCAUUUGAGAUGUCUCUUAUUUUUAUUACUACACAAACUAGUAACAUUAGGUGGCUUUCUGUGAAAGAAAACUUGCCCAAAGGAACAAUGUGGCAUGUUAAAAAAAAUCUAUAUUUGCUUUGUUUUCCUGUUUUUCCACUGUGUUUCUUUGAUAAUGCAUAUUGAAUGCUGUUUCCUGUGUUGACUGCUUUUGUUGUUGACUGUUUUUCUUUUCUUUUUGUCCAAAGAACGUGGUGAUUAAAAGUAGUUAAAGAUACGCUGAGCACAUCACAAUCUGUGAACUCAAUGCCCCACAGGUCUCUCCUUCUUCUUUAAAAUAGAAAAGGGCAGAAAGGGUGGUUUUUUUUCUUCAUUUGAGCACUCCAAAAAAGCCACCCAAGCCCCUUUGAAAACCCUGACAGAUCAUAAAAGAUAUGCCUUUAACCUGACGAAACAGUCUCAGUUAAAUCUUGCAUUCAUUUUUUUUUGAAUUUCCAUUGACUGGCUUCAUAGGGGAAGUCCUGUUUUAUAGCUCAGUGCCUGGACCUAGAGGUGAGGCAGAAUGUCUUACAUGGAUUAAACAUGAGGAAAAAACGUCUGUAUAUGUGUCAAAGGAAAGACCUGUGUGGCCAAAGAAUCAAUGAACCAGCUGUCUUACCUCAAAAGGGAUCAAAGUGAUGUUAUAAUUCUUGUUUGGUGGCAAAACUCCCUCUUUUGACUAAAUUUAUGGUAAGAUGUUAUUGUAUGAUAAAGAUGAAGAUUUUUAUAUCUUACAAAUAUUAAAAAUUCAGUUGCUAUGACAAA